GGCGGUGCCACAGCGGUGUUUCCUAGUCGAGGCGCCCGCCGCCUGCUCACUCGCUGGCCGCCCGCCGCUUCAGCGCCGUCUCGCUGCGUCUCUCGCCUGGAGCCCGACGAGAUGGUGUUGCCCGACGAGAAGUGCGCCGCCGCCGGGGUGUACCGGGCGCCCCCGGACCUGGCUCGGGAGGCGCAUGUGCCUUCCUUGGAAAAGUACCGGGAGCUUUACAGCCGCUCGGUGGAGGAGCCGCAGGGUGAGCGAGGGGCCAGGCCCCGGCGCGGCGCGAGGUUCCCGGGCAAGCUUCAAAGCCAGCCUCCAGGCCCGUGCCGCUCGCCGGCCGCCGUGCCAAGGGCGGGGAGGAGGCGGCGGCUUGGCAGGGGGAGAGCGGCCGCCGCCGUGUGCGAAGUUUCCCAAGGGCGACUUGGUCCGGGUCCACAUCUUCGCCUUCCUCGUGGGCUUGCAUGGCUCUCUCUCCUCCACGCCCUUUCCGACUCGGCGCCAGCUCCUUGUUGAUAUGCGCCCGCAGCGUUUAGAGGAGUGCCUCGGGGCCUUGUGCCCUUGCUUGCCCCGGUGGGUGGUACCCUCUGGACGGGCUGCUCAGGUUGCUGUGCUCCAUUCGGGAGCCUUCGGGUAGUAACAGGUGUGGCGGCAACCGACGCAUCUCCCUGCUCGUCUUACUUUGCCCGGGUGGUCCGUCCCCCCGCGCGAAUGUGCGCGCGGUGGGGCAGCCUUCGUGGGCACCCCAGCCUCAAGUCAAGGCUGUUGCAUGCUAAGGCUCGCAAGCAUUAGCGUCAUGCUAGUUAGAGUUUCCGCAAAGGUACAAGGCAGAGUCCUCCUCUGCUGUUGAACUUCUGUUGGAGAUUGAAGCAAGGGAUGCGUCUAAGCUCAAUACUUGGGAGGCCAGGGGUCCUGUGUUGUAAGAAAGCGACCGUGUUACUUGGAAGACAGUACUGUGUUAGCAGUUUGGGUGAUGCCCAACUGUGUACAUGAGUUUUCCUUGUAAAUUCCUAGAGCUUUGCUACCGCUUUUGCAAGCAUGCCAAGCUCAGCAGACUUUUCCCUUGUGGAAAUGCGCGGCGCUGAGCUAACAUUGCUUGAUAAUUCAGUCAGGGGUAUGUGCUAAAUGCACAACACCUGGGCUAAUUUCCCCCCAAAUAUGAUUAUUGGCUAGAUGUUACACAAGUUAAACCCUCUGUGAGUAGUGGAAGAAAGUGGUAAUCUUGCAAUUCUGCGCUCUCUCUCUGUGUGUGUGUGUGUGUGUGUGAGAGAGAGAGAGAGAUUGAUUUGUGAGGCCUGGGUCCAUAUUGUGCAAAUUCCUGGGCUGUGUUAGCUAGCAACAGGACCUGACCUGAAUCAUAUUGUGAUGGUUCUGGGGGCUUCCAAGAGGGUUGCAUGGGAUAUAUGGCACUCUCCUAGUGUUGUAUAGGGACUGGUUUGCCUUUGGAUUCCAGAACUGUGGUAGUAGUUGGGCAAAUAACAUUUGAGUUUUAUUUGUAGAGGAAAAAUCCUUGGGAAAAUGAUAGCAUCACCAUGUCAUCUGGGUAGAUUGUGUUGUAUAGCGAUAACUUCAGCAGUACUUCCCUUCUUCACUGCCAACUGAGGUUGGGUUUAGGCAGCCUGUUUACUGAGGAUUCAUCUUGGAGUUUUUUUGCAUAAAGUUUGUGGGGAAGUUAUGCAACUGAAAAUUCAUUAUGAUUUGCUGGAAGGUUAUCUGACAUUGUGCCAAGCAGUUAUUAUCUCACACUUUUCAGUGCAUUUCCCCAUCACUUUCUUUACCGCAAAAAGUCCACUCCCCAGCCCUGUUGCACAACCGAAAUUGUCCAUUGGUCUGUCUAGCUUACUAUUGUCUACACUGACUGGCAGCUGCUCUCCAGAGCUCCAGAGCUCUUCCAGCCCUACCUGGAGAUGCCAGGGACUGAACCUGAGACCUUUCACGUGCAAAUUGUAUGCCUUACCACUGAGCUGUGGCCCUUUGCAUUUAGCAUUUGGCAAUCUGGCAGUACCAAAGUGAAGGAUUGUUGAAAUGGUGAAUCAGACCACAGAACCACAUCUGUGUUCUCAUAGAUACAAAUGCAUGCUUGUUAGGUCAGUUCUAGCCAGUAUGGCACUUUUGCUUCCUAUUGGGGCUUUUGACUAGUUCAACAGGAUGCAUACAUGUGAAAAUGUCUGGUCAGAUUGAGCAAGUUGUGUAGCUGACACCAAUUUGGAUAAUAAAUGAUGCUGCAUUCUGACCUUGCUUCAUUAUCCCAAGCCUCUUAUUUGAAUGCUUAUUACAAGACUUCUAACACUGGAGAGAGAGAGAGAGAGAGAGAGAGAGAGAGAAAUUCUUUCUAUCCCUUUGAGUUCUGUGGGUAUAAAGUUGCCAGUGUUUAUGGAGUACUGAAGUUUUAUAGCAAUAUGAAAUACAGUAUUGUAGUGCUGAUUUAGUGGAGAACAGGUGAACCAGUGGUGAGCAGUAAAAAUGAUGGGUGCAAUUUAUAUUUGUACAGUUUGGAGUAAUUAUAAUUUCUAGGAGGCUCUUGCUGGAAGUGGUCUACCUAGAUGGCUGCUGUCUUUUCAUUGUUUUAUGCAGAUACAAUAAUUAUGCUUUUGUUAAAGAGGUCACAACUUCAGAUGUGCUCAGCUGCAUGGUUACAGCAGUGUACUUUAAAAAGGCAAAUAGGGGCUGACGGACUAUGGGAAGUGUCUUAGCUCAAUGGUACAGCAUCUGGUUUGCAUGCAGUAUGUUCUAGGUUCAGUCCCUGACUGGGAAAGACAUCCCACCUGAAACCCUGGAGAUCAACUGCCAAUCAGUAUAGGAAAUACUGUUCUGGACAGAUCAAUGGUUUGACUUUGUAUAAGGCAGCUUCCAAGAUAGUAUGGACAAGCAUUCCUGGAUUCACCCCAACUGAUCUAAAAUUUACUGGGUUGAAGUGCUGUCUGUCUGUUUAUGCCUCAAGCACCCAGGUAUAUUCAAAGAAGUAGUGUUUGGCAGAUUUCCAUAUGUGACAUUUCUCUAACCUUCAGCAUGAGGAAGUAUCAGGGGCCCUUUGUGUCAUUAGUACAGAAGUUGUGGUAUACUGUGCCAAGAUACAAUCUAAUGUAUCAAUGCUGAUCUUGUGUAAAUUUUGUGUAUAUUUCUCAAGCUGACACAGACAGUGUUGGGGUGUGUUUCUAGUGACUGUGAAAGACACUUUAUUUAAUCAGGAUUUUAUAGGCAUUAUUUUCGGUCACAAACUCUUGAUUUUUUUGUAUUUGAAAUUUCCAGCCUUGUAUCAGCUUUAAAGGCUAACGGAUUUACUGUUUAUGAAAUAAGUUUUUGUCAACUAAAACCUGCUUCUCCCACACCCAGUAAGGCACCCAAAGGUUGGGAGAUUUUUCUUGUAACAAACUAACUAGGCUAGCCCUUUGGAGUGUGGGGAUGUUUCAAAUACAGUAUUUCUGCAUGAAAACAGAAGAAGUCUUGUCUAAAGCAUGUGUGUGUCAACAUAGAUUAAGUAAAAGAGUUUUCUAGUAACAGCUUCUAGAGGAGAAGUAGCUGUGUUCAUCUUUUGCAUUAAAACCAAGAGUCUUGUGGCACCUUAAAGACUAACCAGUUUAUUCUUGCAUAAUUUUGUAUGGACUACAGUCCAUUUUCCCAGAUGCUAAAAGUGCUGUCCUUAGUUACAGGUAAUGCAUAUCUGGGGUUUUUUUGGGUGUACGAUGAGGAGGAGGAAUUGUAAAGUAAAGUAACAGAAAACAUAAAUGCAGAAAAAUAUCUGAUGAUAAGUAAUUAACAAUGGCAAUUCAUGAAACAGUCGCUGAUAAACAGAUGCCCACAUCCAUCAGCCAAUUAGCAUGCGUAGUAUGUAAGAAAUCCAUCGUCAUGGUUCAAUCCUCAAGUGAUGGCAUUGAAUCUCUUGAUAUAUUGUAAUCUAGCAGUCUCACUAGCAGUUUUCUUUUGAAGUUUCUUUGCUUUAGUCUCUCGCAGAGUGUCCUGAGAGGGUGAAAUGUACCUUCUCCUGGCUUUCCUGUAUUUCUGGUGCCAGGUUUUGUUUCUUUUUGUUUUUUUGUUUUUGUUUUGCAUGGAGACUGUGCUGCUUGUCAUGCAGGAUGUGAAAGGGGAUUGGUGGCAGAUGAUGGCCUGUAUCACUUUGGAAGAUGGGCAAGUGAAUGAACCCCAGAUGCUGAGGAUGGCAUUAUUAAAUUCUGCAUGAGAGUUGUUAGAGUAGCACAAUCCUAUGCAUAUUAAUCAGAAAUAAGUUCCACUUAUUUUCAGUGGGGUUUACUUCUAGGUAAUUGUAGGAUUUCAGCCUAAGUCUUUCCCCUAAAUAAAACCAGUUCAGCAUCUGCCUUGUGUUCAUGGGCGCAGCCAGGAUUUUUGUUAGGGGAGCAGGCAGGCCUUUUGUUGCAGGGGGAAGAAUCUCAGUUUGCUAUGUAUUUUAUUGAUUUUUAUUGAUUUAGGGAGCAGCUGCCCCUCCUUGCCCACUCUUGGCUACGUGCAUGCAUGUGUUGGCACCUUAAACCAUAUAGAAUGGUCUUAAGUUUGAAUGUGGUGUUUUAUUUAUUUAUUUAUCUUUUUUAUCUUGCAGAAUUUUGGGGAGACAUUGCCAAAGAAUUUUACUGGAGGAGCCAACAUACUGGACCAUUUCUGCAGUACAACUUUGAUGUCACAAAAGGGAAAAUCUUUAUUGAAUGGAUGAAAGGGGCUACAACCAACAUUUGCUACAAUCUAUUGGACAGAAAUGUCUACGAGAAUAAACUUGGGGACAAAAUAGCUUUUUACUGGUAACAUUCUUAUUUCAAUCAAGGAAACCCUCUUGUAAACAUAGAAUUAAGAACAAUUCUGUGGUAUCAUUGUGUGUUGGCAGCCGAGUAUAGAGACAGGAGACAUAAAUGACAAGAGAAUGAGGAUUGUGUCAUUAGAGCAGUGUUGGUGAACCUGAAACCCUCCAGAUCCUUUUGGACUCCAACUCCCAUCAGCCCCAGCCAGCAUGGUCGGGGAUCAAGCAUUAUGGGAGCUGUAGUCCCCUAACAUCUGGAAGUCCACAGUUUCCACAUCCCUGCAUUAGCAUGAGCGUGACUGGAAAAAAGCCUACAAGGCACACAAUUUUAAAAGGCUAAAUUUUAGGUUUAGUUUUAAAAAAAUAUCUUUGGUACAGCCUUUGCCAGCUUGUUGCCCUCUAGUUGACUUGUUGCAUUUGGGAGUUAUACCAUGGUGCUUUUAAAAUGCUAGCGCUCUCCCACCCAUGAACAGAGCCUGACAUUGUGAAGUUUAGAACAUUGUGAAAUUCUAUCUUUAAGCAGAGGUUUGACAACCAUAUGUCAGGAGUGCUCUGAUGGUGUUUCCUGCUUGGCAGGGGGUUGGACUCGAUGGCCCUUGUGGUCUCUUCCAACUCUAUGAUUCUAUGAUUCUAGAUGCUUGAUUGAAGUGCAGAAAUUCUAAGGUGAAAUGUGGCAUUUGAUGCAGGAAGUAUUCGCUGCCCUCAUCCAGGAAGUACACCAAACUUCAUUAGCAUUCACGAUACCGCUCUGCUUUUUGCCUUUUUCAAGGAGACUCAUAAAUGUGAUAUCAUUUUUUCCCCUUUGCGUAAUAGUGCUCAGUCUGUUCCUGUGCCAAGGGACACUAAUGCAAUUUAUUUCCUUUCUGAGACAGUUCUAGUUCCUUAUUUCUUUAAUUAGCUGUUACACCCUUUACAGGCCAACGGAAAAGUCAGAAUUCACCCCACAUUUCCUAUCUAUGUUACUAGGAAGAAACCCACACUGAUCUUCCUGGGAGGUACUCCUAAGCAAGUGUACUGGGCUUGCAGCUGUCGUAAUAUUAGUGCUUUAGAUGCAGGCCUUUAUCUUCUGAAUAUGCUUCAUGGUUCAAGUGGUGGUGUGCCUUUGGUUUGGUCACAUUGUUUUUUGACUAUCCUAGGAUCAAGGUGAGGGCUAUAAACAGGCUGCAAAAAUACAUAUUUCGUUAAGGAAUCGGGUGAAGUUUCAGAAUCUGGAUUUCAUAGCUGUUCCAGUGUUACUGUCAGGCAUUCAUCUGUGAGCUUAUAUUGCAUGUAUGUUGCUGUACUUGGUUGUAGGCUGCAGAGAAUUGCUCUGGUGUCCCUUCUGAUUCUGUUAUGCCACCUUAGUGAAUCUCUAGGAGGAGUUUCCUUUGCAUUUUUGUAAGAGAUUCUGCACCACCCUGUGUUACAUUGUGAACUUGUGCCUGAACUUAAUGGUGUAACUUCCUUAGAUAGGCAUUUUACUGAGAUCUACUGCCAGUGUUAAUAUUCUUGACAUUCUGCUCACUGUGGGCCAUUGCAGAUGCUGUGAAAAGUGUGAGACAGAUGCAUACUGUUUGAUGCUCUUGGAGGGGCAAUGUAAUAAAUAGCAUACAGAUCUGGAUCAGACAGCAGGAUUGCACCCUUCUCUAUUCCCCACCCUCUCCCUAGAGUUCAAAUUUGGGCUCCUGGGCCUAAUUGCAGUUGACUGUUCUGUCAGCAGCAAUGUUAACUGUUAACCAAGAGUCCCACUUAACCGAGGAUCUGAAGUCAGCUUCGAGAUGGUUUCAGAUCAUGAAUGAAAUAGGCAUACUGGUUAAUGCUUACCUGGUAACUGUCAAUAUUGAUAUAUGGUCAGGCUGUUAUGUUAGGCCAGUAAGCAGGAAUUCACUCUCAGUCGGUAGAGCAUGAGACUCUUAAUCUCAUGGUCGUGGGUUCAAGCUGCACAUUGGACAGAAGAUUCCUGAAUUGUUGGGGGUUGGACUAGAUGACCCUCAGGGUCCCUUCCCACUCUACAAUUUUAUGAUUCUAUAAAAAGAAAGAAUUAAAGGAAAGGAACAUGAAAUCCUAUAGGCUGCCCUGAUGGUUUCUCCUCAUUAAGCAGUCACUGGCAUUAAUUAUGCAGCAGUCCUGUGAAGCAAAGCACUGUUGGACUUUAGUGCAGGUAAAGGGAAGUUAUUGCUAGCAGUUUUGGCUUUUUUUAAUUGUUUGGUCUGGUUAGCGAUCAAGCAUCUUUCUUGAACUUCUUAUUGCUUCCAAGAGGAAAUGAAUGAAAUAGUAACCUUUUUCGGUCAAGGGGCUGUGUUCCAUAUGGGGAACAUCCCAGAGGCCACAUACCAGUGAGGAUCAGGCCAGAGGCAAAAAGCAGGUGGAGCAACAGAUGCUGCUCUUAAGUAGACGGCAUUCCAUCCAUGAAAAAGCCAGACGUUUCUGUGCACACAGGUGCAUAUGGCUCUCUCCAUCCAGGCAGGCAUCAACACAAUUCAAGGACACAUUUUGGCCAGGCAAUAGCACUCAAGCAGGGCUAGUGAGCUGUGUGGUCUGGCUAAUGGCCAUGGUAUAAGGAGAGUCCUUAAGGUACCCAUGCCCAUUCUUGAGCAAAGAAACUUCAGAGUGAAACUCCAGUACUGAAUUAACCCAUAUCAAUAAAUUCAAUUUAAACACCUGUGACUUAAAUCAAUAUACUAGGUUUCUAUCCCAUCAAGAUGUUAAGUGGCAUUUGUCCCAUGAAAACAUGGGCUAUAGUAUGUAUUCAUUUUAUUUAACACAAUACAUAAAGCGCUUGUUUGUAAAUAAUAAUAAAUUAGUAUUUUUUAAUUUUCUUAUACCACACCUUUUUUUCAUUAUGGAAUUUCCAUCAUGUGGUUCCCUGGAGGUCUCCCAUCCAGGCAGUGACCAGACCUGUACAGUGGUACCUCGGGUUACAUACGCUUCAGGUUACAGACUCCGCUAACCCAGAAAUAGUACCUCAGGUUAAGAACUUUGCUUCAGGAUGAGAACAGAAAUCAUGCUCCGGUGGCACGUCAGCAGCAGGAGGUCCCAUUAGCUAAAGUGGUGCUUCAGGUUAAGAACAGUUUCAGGUUAAGAAUGGACCUCCGGAACGAAUUAAGUACUUAACCCGAGGUACCACUGUAUCUGCUUAGCUCCAGACCAUUCUCUGGAAUUGUUGCUACAGACUAACAUGGCCACAUCUCUGGGAUUUGUUUACUAUAUUCUGUUUUUGUCUCUCCAAUUUGAUGUUUUGUAAAUCUACUUCUCAUUGUGUUGGUUUCUGUUUGGGGACUGCACUUUUGUGUCCCAGAUUUUUGCCUACCAUUACAACAAAGACAAUGGCAGCAAUUCCUGUCCUCCUGUAUCAGGGGUGGGGAACUGGCUCUGUCUGGACCUUUAUCUCCACACAUCCUUAUGGACCACGUGUCACAAGUGUGCAGGGAUGCAUAUACCAGAGCAUAUUUCUAUUCUUUUUCUUUUUAAGAAAGAAUGUAUCCCUUUACUUCUAACUCAUAAAGUUGAAAAGAUAUGAGAAAAGAGUUUCCAAAGCAUGAAACCACUCCGGUUGCAUAUGGGCAAGGAGUAACAUUUGCCACUAUGGCUUAUAAAUUAGACUGAGGUUCUCUUUCUCUGGUAUGUAAGGAGAUAAAAUGCCUUUAUCUGGAGGGAAAUCCCAGAAAGGGCUGCUUUUGAGAUGCAAUCUGACAUCUAAGAUAAGGAUUUAUGUUGGAGCGUAAAUCUGGUGCUCUGUGGGAGAGCAAAUUCUAUUCUUUCACAAAACUUGAAAGUUCACAACUCCUGUGUUUGUACGUGGGGUUGGUGCAUUCCAGUUCACCAAACCAACAUGUAGACCUUAUCGCUUUUUCAGAUUCCCUUUUAAGGGUUGCUGUUUGCCCUGCAAACACAGAAAGAUACUGCAGAGAAGAUGGUUCUUUGGUUCAAUCUAGACGAUAAGUGAAAAACCAGCGAACAGCCUUGCAUUCCUGGUUUUUUUAAAAUAAAAUGAAAGCAUGAAAAACUAAUAAGUAGUAGAGUGAGGGGAGGGGAGAAGCCGAUUAACCCUUACACUUCCUGCCACUUAUACAUACAACAUUGCCCAUCCCAAGCUGCUAUCCCACAAGUGUUACAUGGUGCAAGAGGUGAGGUUGGGCAAAUGUUGUCGAACUGGAAACUCCACAAUGUAUUUUUGAGGUUGCCUUGGAAAUUUGGGCUGUAGCACUCCUAUUGUCAUGAUGAGAUUAGAGCUUGGGUUUUCUUCAGUAUUUUCCAGAGUUCAUAUCGGCCUGCUUUUCACACCACACCAAGCCAAUCCAUGGCUUGAUGCAAGCACAGGAGUGUACAUGCCCCAGGAGAGGAGUUUGUGGCCAUUUCACUCCUCCCCAGUCUUUUGCUACACCAUGCUAACUCAUAGUUUGGCUCAGUGUGUGGUCUAAACCUGGGUUUGUGGUUUAGCUCUCUACAGACUAACCAUUAGUUGCAAGCAUGAGGUGUAAACCAUGAGCCAAGUUAUUUUGUUAGUUAAAUGAGCUGUAAAUCAUGCUGAAUAAAAAGCAAAACGUUUACAUGGAAUCGUCUGUUUGCUUCAUUUCAAUAAUCCAUGCCAAAUAAUGGUCAUUAGUUGAGACCUGAUAUUGAUCUGAUCCUUUGAACAGUGUGUAAAAUUGAAUUUCAGUAUUCCUUGUUUUGUUUCACUGAUGUAUAUUAAGUCCUGGUUCAGCCUGAAAAGAAAGUGCUGCUUCCUGAUGUGUAUGGCAUUUAUUUAUUAUAUAAGCAAAGCGGCAUUCUAGCUCUGCUUGUGUUAGUUACCCUUUUAAGUUUGUGCUUUGAACUCUAACAAUAGCUUUAACUGAGAUUACAGUGAGUCUUUCCCUCUAGCUUGAGUUGAUAUGCAUUAUGAGCAUCGGAUGUACAAUGUCUAUAUGAGGUGUAACAAUAGAGGUAUCUGGCAUGUGGAUGUUUUUAGGUGUAGGUUUGUUGGUUGAUCUUUACUAUAAAAUACUGUCACCUGCUAGGCAAUGUAGAUGCAGUUUUAAAGAAAACAAACGAACAGUUUCAAGGUCCCAUUCUUCUAGAUCCAUAGAAACUAACAGCUGUGUAAGAUCAGAGCAUUGGAUCAAUGCGUGGGUCUUAAACUCACCACUUUCUGACGCUAGGGCGCAUGAGAGGAAAGUAGAUGAUGUCCUAAAUGUGUGGCCACUGCCAAAAAUCUAGCAAAUUUCCCCUGCUUUUCUGUAACAUUUAGUACAACUUGUGUCCUGACAUUAGUGUUGUGUACUUUGCCUGCUACUACUGUUGGCAGUCUGUUUAGGUGACAGCUGUGCAUAGGAAAAAUAUCAAACUUUGAAACCAGUUAUGAAUGGUUGAAACUAAAUAGGACACUUUAUUGCCUUCUGAUUCCAUUUCAUUAUUACACUGUCUUACAAUUUUGGUAGUGUUAUAUUAGUGCCGUCAUCAUUGUGGUAUCAAUAAUACACAAAGAGUGGUGGAUGGAGACUUGGUACAUUUUCUGAUGUUACACUUCUUAUUUGUGAAUGCCUAUUUGCCUUCCUUCUGGCUUGUUGCUGCUUCUUUCUCAGCCACCCAAACUACAAGACCAAACAGUGUUCUACUUCCUUGCCACAGGAUAUUACAGAUACUGCAUUAGCAAACCUUGAUUUGACUCUUUCCGCCUUUUCCUAGCCCCUCCCAUUUUUUGCCAAAUCUUCUAAAGAGUUUUGCUAACAGCCGUGGACUGCUUUUCAAAUAGUUUUCUGCAGUACAGCUGCCUUCUAAAGAUUUGGCCUUUUUUUGCAUGUGUCAACAGGACACAAGACAGAUAAUACCAUUGUUUUGCUCUGGGAUGACAUUUCAUCUGUUCUGAAGUAGAAACAUAACCUGCAACUUUUAAUGUAUGUGUUUGGCAUAUAUAUUUUCUCUCUCUCCAUAAUUAGCUGUCUUCAGAAUUCUAGUCCUUGCAAGAUCUCAUUACAUAAAUUGUAUUUCAUCCACAAAGAUACCUGCCAAGACUAAAAUUGAGUAAGAAGCCAGCCUGACUAAUGUAAUAAGCUUGGGAGCAUAGAUGUCUCAUAUACUGAUUAAAUUGGAGGCCCGAUUCAAUUUCUAGAAGCAUGUACAUGGUGUUUGUGAAGGAACUUUCCUACUGAAGAACUUCUUUAAAAGGCCACAUGGCUAGCUGAGUAUUGUAUUGCUGUGGGGUGCUGUAAUUGAGAAUGGAUGUAACAACAAGCAGUUGGUGUUGAUCUUUUGUGGUAUUGAGAAGUUGUAUAUUCAUGCACUAGCUCAUCAGUUAGUCUGCUAACGUGAAUGGUUAUGCCUGAUCACAAUUUGCAAGAACACACCUGGGGAGAAUCCCUUCCUUAUUCACAGGGAGCUUAUUCACAGUGUAUGUGCUUGUCUAAGCCAUUUUGAAAUGAAUGGGAAUUGCACAAGAUUGCAACAAAGUGCUUCUGCAACUCCCAUUCAUUUAUUAGUGCAGUGGUACCUCGGGUUACAAACACCUUGGGUUACAAACACUUAGGGUUACAGACUCCACUAACCCGGAAGUAGUACCUCGGGUUAAGAACUUUACCUCAGGAUGAGAACAGAAAUCGUGCUCCGGCGGCGCAACGGCAGCAGGAGGCCCCAUUAGCUAAAGUGGUAUCUCAGGUUAAGAACUGUUUCAGGUUAAGAAUGGACCUCCGGAACGAAUUAAGUUCACAACCAGAGGUACCACUAUACCAGCAAAGGAUUUUACAGCAUCUGCAGAUGGUAGGUAGAGCAAUGGGGGUGGGGAAAAGAAAAAACAGGCUGAUGUUGAAGCUAUUCUGAACUUGUAAGAGUUCACCAAAAUGGUUUUGUCCUUGGUCCGUAGAAGCACACUGAUUUUCAAAAAUGUUGAUCUUGUUGAGUUCUUGGUUCUGCUUAUUUAAAAGAAACGCCAAAUCGCAGUAAAUGACUUCAAAGUUGGUGUACUGUGGCAGGGCAGUGCAUGAUGUACUGUUGUGUGUCUGAAAAACCCUAAACCCUCUUAUGGGCAGUCUUGGAGCAGUUGAGGUUAUUUCACAUCUAUUAUUAUUGCUAAAUCUUGGUGAUUAAAAAUGUGGGCAAAGUGCCAUAUUCUUACAGAGAGCUGGUUUUUCCAGCAUUUCUGAGCUCCCUAUAUUGAGGUUGGUGAGUCUGUUAGCUGUGUUGCCAAGAGUAACUAAAACCGCCUGCACAGAUGUAUGGCUAUGGCGGUGCAGGUUUCAUUAUAUAACUCUGGGGUGAUUUUCUGUUGCUCCACCUGUAGUCCCAAAGCAUAAGAUUAGUGCAAAAAAAUAUUUUACCAUCUACUUGAUUUGUGUCUGUGCCAGAUUUUAUAUGUUUAUUGUUGUGCUAUUGCUGAGUUGGUUUUUUUAAUUGAUUUCUGGUUUUAUUGAGUUGCAUAGUGUGUUAAUUUUACUGUGUAUGUUGCUCAGAGAAUGUCUUUUUAUUAGGCUGCUCAUAAAUUGAAUAAAAUAAAUGAAUAUAAAUUGGAGGUAUUCCGGCAAGCUGUAUGCCUAUCGAAGUUUGGAAAUCACCUGGAAGGCUCACACACAGCCCAGAUGGAUCAUAUGUGACACUGUGCAGAACUGAAUUGCACUUAUGAAGUGAAAUUUAUGUUUCUUAAUGGUGGAUAUUUAACUCAGAAGUUAAAAAGAAGGGACAUUUUGAUCCGCGAUGUGUUUUUUAGCCAUGUUCGUUUCCAGCAUAUUGAAUGGAUUGAGAAUUCCGUGUGAUAAGCCACAUAUAAACAUCCAUUUGCAAGAGGGUGCUUGGAGGAGUGGGAGAAAGCCACUUUGUUCUGCAGAACAGUUCUGGGAUCUUGGGCCAGAUGUGGAGGACUUCUGCACUCACGUUCUGGAGCCAUUUUGGAAGAUUUCCUCUAUGUUCCAUCUGGGCUAUGUGAGAUGGUCUCUCUUGGGAAAUAUGCAAACUUCCAGCUACAGUAUGUUGCUUGUAGAGAAAGAAAAUAUUUUGCUCCUACUGGUGCUAAGUUCCUGCACAAUUAAUAGAACUGGACAGAAUACAUAUGCAUGAGUCCAACCUGAUGGACAACUCUCUUAUGCUGUUGUAUACAUUUUGGGAAAGAAACUGGGAGGGUUCUUGAAAAAGCUGUUUGCUCAACGUCAGUGGCCUCAUUCAAUAUUAUGCUGUAGAAAGCGGUCAAUGAGGGUUGGCCAGAAAAACAGAGUGCAAUUUGCUUAAAAGGUUCGGGCAGUUCUUUGGGACUGUAAACUGUAAAUUGCUUUUAAUAAAACAAAUGGUCUUAUGUUGUGAUGAGCUGCAUCUUAAUGUAAAGAUGGUGAACACUAAAUCACAUGGGGAAGCAGUGGUGGCAUAUUGUUGCUAAAAUUUUACCAUAAGGAGGCUGUUUCAUAUUGUAAAAGUGUUGAUGAGAAGUGGCAUGUGAUUGCAUAUAAAAAAUGGCUGGUGACAUGUGGCAGCCUUUGGAACUAUGCUACGAUGUGCUGCUGCAUAUUAAAUGGCUUGCUUCUUGGAGCCCUCUCCUUGUGGUUGCAUUUCAAAUGGCUGCUGUGCCUGUUGAUUAUUUUAUUUCCUUUCACCAAAUUUAUAUAUCUCUUGAUGCAAUCAUGUCAAUCAUUAGGUGCUCAGUUUUUGUCUAUGUAACAUAUUAUUAUAAUAUUUAUUUAUAUCCCACAUUUUUCCCUGACAGGGACUCAAGGUGGCUUACAGAUAAAAUAAGUAAAGGUAAAGGGACCCCUGACCAUUAGGUCCAGUCAUGACCGACUCUGGGGUUGUGGCGCUCAUCUCGCUUUACUGGCCGUGGGAGCCGGUGUACAGCUUCCGGGUCAUGUGGCCAGCAUGACUAAGCUGCUUCUGGCAAACCAGAGCAGUGCACGGAAACGCCGUUUACCUUCCCGCCUGGAGCGGUACCUAUUUAUCUACUUGCACUUUGACGUGCUUUCGAACUGCUAGGUUGGCAGGAGCAGGGACUGAGCAACGGGAGCUCACCCCGUCGCAGGGAUUCAAACCGCCGACCUUCUGAUCAGCAAGUCCUAGGCUCUGUGGUUUAACCCACAGCGCCACCUGCGUCCCACAGAUAAAAUAGAAACAGCUAAAAUAGGAUAAAAAAUAAUUAAAAAGCAGUUAAACAUUGUACAAACACACACGCGUGUGAUCUAUCAAAACAUACAGAGACAGACAACUUACCCUUUUCGCUACUUUUUUGCUAAUGUAUCAUGUUAGUGGUUUUCAGCUUUCUGAGUCGUCCAACUUAGUUUCCCAUCACUAAUAAUAAUAAUAAUAAUAAUAAUAACAAUAAUAAUAAUAAUUUAUUAUUUAUACCCCGCCCAUCUGCCUGAGUUUCCCCAGCAACUCUGGGCGGCUUCCAAUCAAGUGUUAAAAACAAUACAGCACCCCCCCUCCCAUCGUUCAGCCCGGACACUGAGAUCCAGCGCCGAGGGCCUUCUGGCGGUUCCCUCAUUGCGAGAAGUAAGGUUACAGGGAACCAGACAGAGGGCCUUCUCGGUAGUGGCGUCUGCCCUGUGGAACGCCCUCCCAGCAGAUGUCAAAGCAAUAAACAACUAUUUUACUUUUAAAAGACAACUGAAGGCAGCCCUCUUUAGGGAAGUUUUUAAUAUUUAUAUAAUUAAUAAUAAUAAAUAAUAAUAAUAAUAAUAAUAAUAAUAAUAAUAAUAAUUUAUUAUUUAUACCCCACCCAUCUGGCUGGGUUUCCCCAGCCACUCUGGGCGGCUUCCAACUGAAUAUUAAAAACAGUACAGCAUCAGACAUUAAAAACUUCCCUAAAGAGGGCUGCCUUCAGUUGUCUUUUAAAAGUAAAAUAGUUGUUUAUUGCUUUGACAUCUGCUGGGAGGGCGUUCCACAGGGCAGACGCCACUACCGAGAAGGCCCUCUGUCUGGUUCCCUGUAACCUCACAUCUUGCAGUGAGGAAACCGCCAGAAGGCCCUCGGUGCUGGAUCUCAGUGUCCGGGCUGAACGAUGGGGGUGGAGAUGCUCCUUCAGGUAUACAGGACCAAGGCCGUUUAGGGCUUUAAAGGUCAGCACCAUCACUUUGAAUUGUGCUUGGAAACGUACAGUGGUGCCCCGCAAGACGAAUGCCUCGCAAGACGAAAAACUCGCUAGACGAAAGAGUUUUCCGUUUUUUGAGUUGUUCCGCAAGACGAAUUUCCCUAUGGGCUUGCUUCGCAAGACGAAACGUCCUGCGAGUUCUUGCGAGUUUGUUUCCUUUUUCUUAAAGCCACUAAGCCGUUAAUAGCCGCUAAGCCGCUAAUAGCCGUGCUUCGCAAGACGAAAACACCGCAAGACGAAGAGACUCGCGGAACGGAUUAAUUUCUUUUUUUAAAAAAUGAUAUUUAUUAAAGUUUCAAAAAAUACAGGAAAAUACAGAAUACAGAAAAAAUAGAAAAUAAAAGAAAAUAAAAAAUUUAAAUUAUAGCAAAAAAGUAAAAAAUAAUAUUAAAAAAAAAACAGCAUACAAAAUAAAACAGUUAAAGAUACGUUAAUUUUCCAUAACCUAUCUUCCUUACACUUAUUUCCCCAGACCUCCUCAUACCUCCCUUUUUUGUAUUCCAGUUCAAUUUGUUAGUUCAGCAAAUCCUUACCAUUAAGCUUUUACCCAUUUGUAAACCUUUUUUCAUAUCUCUUAAAGCAUUACAGCUGGAAACCACUUAGUUUCUAUCCAACAUCCUUCUAAGAUUCUUUAAUUUUACAAUAUUUCUGUAAAUAGUCUUUAAAUUUCUUCCAGUCCUCUUUCACCAACUCUUCUCCCUGGUCUCGGAUUCUGCCACGGAACGGAUUAAUUUCGUCUUGCGAGGCACCAUUGUACUGGGAGCCAAUGCAGAUCUCUCAGGACCGGCGUUAUGUGGUCCCGCCGGCCACUCCCAGUCACCAGUCUAGCUGCCGUGUUCUGGAUUAAUUGCAGUUUCCGGGUCACCUUCAUAUUUGUAAGGUAGAGCAGCUGUUUCUGUUGAGACCAACCUUGUUUCCCAAUAUUUAGUCUCAACCUGCCAGUUGAAGGCCCUAUGCACUUGGGGGAAUUUUUCUGCAUUGUUACUCUGAUGUUACUGAAAGAUAUACUGUAUCUGGCAACUAGGAGUUUGCAUUUUGUUUUUCCCUGCAACGCCUUGAGCCUCGGCCAGGAUAGCAGGCAGGAGUGCACUGAUGUUUAGGAUAGUUUCCUAAACAAGUUAGUUUUCUCUGCUACUUUUCUUUAAAAAUAGGUGUGCCAAAACAGGCCUACUGUAUUAGCACAGCACUGUGCAAGAACUACAGUACAGUGUGUAAAGAAAAAAGAAUCUAACUAUGCAGGCAUUUUUCUUUUUAUUUUGGUUCCAUGGGCAUUUGUGUAUUAAAAUGUGUCAUUUAUUCAAAACUAAAACAUACUAUGUAACACCCAGCAGAUGGGCUGGCUAAACGUAUGCACUGCAUUGUUUAAGCUCCAGUGUUUUGGAAAAUGGACAGAUGAGCGGAAUAGUGGACAGAUGAGUCUUGCAAUAACCUCUGAUUAAAAGGUAAUGUGUGCUGGAAUUUUUUUGCUGAAGUCCCAACAGGAAAAACCCCAAAACACUUUUGUAUCAGAUGCCAUCUAAGGCUAUUAGCAGCAGUGCCAGGGGAUGGAGGAGUGCCAUAAUGCAUGUUUUGCAAUCCUUUGGUGUUUGGGCCAGUGCUGCCUCUUAGGCAGUUACAUGUCAUUGUGCAAUGGUAUCCUUUUCACACAAUGUGUUUGGCAGCUCAUAAUGUUUAAACAACGGUUAUUCUUCCUUGAUUAAUUAAGUCGGUACAACUAUAGGUAUUUCUCAGUGAUGCCUACAACUUGAUUUUUCCUGAUUUUGGAACACACAGCUUGAAUGGACUUGGUCUGGAGAUCGACAGUGGAAACAACAUUCUUGGCUAUUUUAUUUGGUCUCUCACAAUAAGAUUUACGAUGAAGUAGACCUUUACAGUUUGAUGAGCUGGCUCCAGAGGCUGGUGAAAAUGAGGGAACAGCCCUAGAGUGGUUUAACUCUUGGCUUAUCUAUAGAAAAUUAUAUCCUAGAAUCAUAGAUUUGUAGACUUGGAAGAGACCUCAAGAGUCAAUCAGUCCAACGUCCUGCAAUGCAGGAAUACUGCCUAUAGCCAUCCCUGGGUAGACUUGGAACAACUAACCUUCUGGUUAACAGCCAGACCCACUGACCCACUGCACUAGCUGGGGGAGAGGAUGUUUCAGAUCCUGAGAAGCUAGCCUGUGGCAUUUCCUCAUCAAGUAAUUCUCUUUACAUUUUUGUUUAACAUUGUAUAAAGCUGUUGGGACAAAUCAUCCAGAGUUCUGUGGUGCUGUUAAUAUGCUGGUGGUACCAGCUCUCUCUCUCUCUCUUUUUAGUUUUCAACCAGUUCUGAAGUAUCAGUUUUGAACUCAAUUCUUAAAAUUGAGUUCAAAGCAUUUGAACUCAAGUAAGUAAGUAAGGAAGGAAGGAUAUUGCCAAACAUGGGAACCACUGGAGAAAAAGCCUUAUCUGAAGUCAUCACCCACCUUACCAUUCAAGGUGGUGGCACCUGAAAGACCUCUGAAUAUUACCGUACCUUACUGAAUGAGCAGCCAAUCAAUGUAGGAGCAGGUGGGUUACAUGAAUGCCCACUUCAUGCAAAUAACCAGCAGCAUUGAUGCUGUGUAGAAUUGGAUUUGAAUGUUGACAGAUGUCACUGCUUACCAAGAUGUCUGUGUGCAGUGACUGACCACAUAACUUCCUCCAUGUUGCCACAAACUAUUUCUGUGUAAUGGUGUUCACCACCUCACGGCCCUGGCCAGUAAGUGUGGUGUGCAUACAGAUGCUUCUCUCUUUGGCGUUGUUGCCGUGUGGGUUAGACUUCAGGUGUCCUCUAGUCUGCCUGCUGUUUUAUGUGGAGCAAUCCUUAGUAUAGCGGUAAUCUGCAUAUAUGGCUGAAUGGUUUUAGCAAGAGUGGGUUUACAAGUUUACCUAGCAAAGUAAAACAGGUGUAGAUGUAUUUGCUCAAUGUAUGGGAGGUGGUGUUCACCAAGUGUACAUACUGAAGCAGUCUUAUCUUCUCUUAGUUGCUCUUGCUAACUUGUGGAGCUUGUGCCAACUCGGAAAUAAAAAACAGGUCUUUCUACCACAGCUGGAUGGGAAUGGAUUUUCUCUCACUUUUAGUAAAAAAAUUCCUUUCUUCAAAAGAGAUGGCAAUGUUUGCUGUGUUCCGAACAGGUUUGUUUAAUGGGCGUUUUUCUUUCUUUCUUUUUAUUUAUUAAAGAUACUGACUUCGUGUUUCUACAGUAAUGUAGAACAAGAGCUUGAGUUCUGUUUGUUUUAUUACAGUCAUAUUUCACUGUUCUUCCUUACGAAACUCAGAGUAGCAAGUAGAGGGUUUUCAGAUUAAAACCUGUUUAAUUGCAGCAAGGUUUCUGCAUCAUGUAUCUUUGGACCAUGCUUUGUGGAUGUGUAAUUGGGGGCGGGCAGUGUCAAAAAAUAUUUUGCAAUUACUGAAGCAGGGUCCUAGUCUCCAGCGUCCUAGAGCCACCCAACUGUCAUGAAAGGGGAACUUUUUAGCCACUGAGAAAGAAGUCUUCUCACCCUUAGCGCUGAUUAGAGCUAGUUAGAGUGAAAGGUGAUUCAGCCACUAAGAAAUGGCUCCUAGGGUCACUCUGGAGAAGAUGCGUGAGAAGAACACUGCGUGCUCCAAAGCUAAGCAUGUGGUAAUGCUGAAAACACAAGGUGCUUCAGUUAUGUGAGAAUGAUGUGCAACUUCUGGUACGUACAAUGGAAUUUCAAGGAGAACACACCUUAAGUCAUGCCAAAAUAAGAUAUUGGAGUACUCAAAGUAUUUUACCCAUGCAUGUACACAGAAGAUGGUUGAGAUACCUGGAAGGCAACACAUGAUCAUUGCAGUGCAUCCCUAAUUAUCCUUACUGUAUAAUUAUAAAAUUGUAAGGUUACUGUGUGAUCUUAGAAGUGGGUGUGGCUGUGUGAGGGCAUGGCUAGGACUGUCAUGAAGGGACCCUGCAUUUCACCACUAUGCUACUGAUGCUUUGCAGCCAAGGCACUUGACCUGUGGCAGAGUGUACAAGUGGACCUUAAAUUCUGCACAUUGGCUGAGGAGUUGCAAAGUCAUUGGUAGCCAAAUGUUACACACCAAGCACAUUAAUAAAAAAGCAGUACAACCAAUAGUGUUCAGUUAUAGUCCUCUUACCUGCACUCUAUGGUUGAUCAGUGAGGAUUCAUUAAGCAUUUAUGCCUCAUUUGAGGGCACAGUGUCAAUAUAAAAUGGACAGCUUUAUCCCAGGAUAUAAGUCCAUGUCAGUUCAGUUUGUGACGGUUGUUAUCUUGUCUGUUUUGACAGGCUUUGUAUUUAGUGGAUUCUGUUCCCUGCAUAGUCACUUUCGCCUUUUCCCUUGAGGGAAAAGAGCAUAGUGUUUAUUUUAGUGUAGAUGUUGUGAAAAUUGUUUGGAAGGUUUGAAAUCAAAUAUUUCCAUCUUAGUUACUAAUCCUAUAUAUCUUGUUUCUCAGCUCUUAAUAAGUCAGGAGCUUAGCUUAUGUGCUCAGAAUAACUACUUCAGCAAGAGCCUGGAGUGUUGUUUCUUCCUGUGUUUAAUUUUGGCUUGCUAACAGUGGUCCCCAAACAUUUUGGGUCCUUGGGCACAUUUAGAAUUCUGAUAAUGUGCCUUGGGCACCAGUUGCGAAAUGGCUGCCAAGAGGAUAUGGCAUAGUACAAAAUGGCUGCCAUAUCUAUGAAAGUUGACAUAGACAGGACCAUAAAAUUUUGCAGAGAUGCAAAACUUCUAAUAAUUUUUUUGCAGCAUGUGACCAAAUAUGUUCCAGGAACUUUAUUUUCCAAACGGUGCUACAGAAUGUGUCCAAUGCUGCUGCCAAUACUGCUGUCACAUUUGCCCAGCAUACUUCGGCGUGUACUAUGGAUCUUUCCCCUCCUCACCACUCCCAGCGUGGUGUAGUGAUUAAGAGCGGUGGACUCGUAAUCUGGUGAACCGGGUUCGCUUCCCUGCUCCUCCACAUGCAGCUGCUGGGUGACCUUGGGCUAGUCACACUUCUCUGAAGUCUCUCAGCCUCACUCACCUCACAGAGUGUUUGUUGUGGGGGAGGAAGGGAAAGGAGAUUGUUAGCCACUUUUAGACUCCUUAAGGGGAGUAAAAGGCGGGAUAUCAAGUCCCCUCCUCCUCCUCCUUCCCUUAAAGCCCCUGUACACCCUCAAAAUCUGUACCAGAGGGUUGGGGGAACGCUGUGGAGCAGAUUUUUUGGGUUUCUUGGUGAAAAGAAGGAAGUCCUAUUCUGCAAGUGGAACCUGGUUUGUGUAUCAUUGGAUACAAUUCUAAGUCUUGUCUGUGCUUCCAAUUGAAGAGUUACUCUUAAACUCAGGUAUUGCAUGAAUAUUCAUGCAUAAUCACAAAUAAAUAUGUAUUUAAUGUUGGCCGGCUAGUAAUCAUCCUAUUUUACUUAUUUAAAUAUUUUAUGUCCUGUUCUUCAGUCAAAAAAGGCUUCCAGAGUGGUCAUACAAAUCAUGAGAAAGAGUGGAGAGAGAAGGAAGGAAGGAAAGAAGGAAGGAAGGAAGUCCCUGCCCUCAAGUUUACAAUAUAAAAAGACAUUAUGGGAAAUAAAUGGAUUGGAAAGGAAGAAGAAAUAAGCAUAUGCAAACACAAGUUCUUAAUUACAAAAUAUGGAACAGAAAGAAUAGAAAAGAGUAAUGUUUGGGAAACACUCAGAUUAGUGUGGUGACGGGGGCUGAAUGUCAUCUGAAAUGAGCAGAAAAGACUUGCCAAGCAGGCUGUUGUUUGAAGUCCAGGGAAAAGUCAAAUCAGUCAACAAAGCUAAAAAUAGCCCUGCAGAAUGAACCCUCAGCCCAACACACACACACACACACACACACACAAUUUUAACAACAGACCCCAAACACAGGAUCAGAAUCCCCCUUGGCUUUUUAGUUCUCUGGAGAAACCGGCUCAGGUAUAUGUGCACACGCACACAUGCACACACACCUUUUUACUGCCAACGAUGCAUGAGGUGGCUGAGUGGACGGUUCUCCAUCCAUUUGCUUCCAAAAAAGAGAGAGUGAAAAGAUGGAGAGAGUGAAAGCUAACCUCUGAGGCCUUGACUGCCCUUCAAACACAAGCACGAGAUGGCUGGCUGGACAAGAGAUCAGCAAACGUCACACCGCACCCCUCCUCUAUUUUGGAAAAAAGGGAAAAUACGCACACAAGAAAAAGCACUCAGAAAAGGGAGAAAUGGAAGAAGUGGCCUCAGUGGUCCAGAGUUGCCCCCACAACCUCCUAAGUUUAAGGCAGCUAUUCUGGCAAGAAAUAGACAAAGGUCAGCAGAUUGCUGUCCCUUUAGUUCUGCAAAAAGAAGAAAAAUUAAAGCCUCACAAAAGGGAAAAAGUUGUAAAAGUGGUUUCUACAGUCCAGAGCUCCCCAGCCAAGCACAAGUGACUCCCAACAACUGCCACCCCCCCAAUAAAACAAGAAAAAAAGAUCUACCAACCUACCUAUACUCAGCCACUGGCACUGCUUGGUUUUUGGCAAAGUGUAACUCCUUUUUCUCACCUGUACUUUUCCUGUCCGGAACAGAAGGGAGAGGGCAGCUGCCACCCAGUCAGCAUUGAUUUUGGAAAAGGGGCAGCAUGUUCAGUCUAUAUGUAGCGCAGCAAAGAACUCUGAAGCCUGUUUUUCAGUGGCGGUGCUUUUCAGUUGGUACUUUCAUGGGUACCAAAGGGAUUGUACGCAGGUCAGUGUUUGAAAUUCCCUGGGCACCAGGUGUGUUAGUGACUUGGCAUGGCCAAAUUUGAGACGUAUGGUUACGAUGUGUGGCGACUGAGACUUGAAAGUAAAACUUCCGCAGCCCGAGUCACCUGGGUGUUGCUGCAGGAAGUGAAAGUAAACAAAUGGCGCCCUGCCUGACUCACAAGUAAGACUGCUUUUAAAAUUCCAAAAUAAAAAUAAAAAUUACAACUAGGCAUUCUGUUGUGGCACCAUUUGGCAAAUAGCUUAUAUACCUGCAUUUCUAACACAGAUGCAGGUGUAGUUCUGCCAACGGGUGCUGCAUUGGCACUGCCAACCUGUAGAAAUGAAAUCUGUGUAUGAAGUGGUGUUUACAUGAAAAGUGGAGUUUAUCUUGGUUGUAGGGCUUCUAGAAGCCCAAUUUCUCCAAGCUACUUUUGCACAUUUUCUUAUUUCUUUGGGGGGUUUUUUAAUGAAAGAAGGAACAGUCUUUCACUUUUAUUACCUCGACUUACUUACUCGUUGGGGAAACUGUUUACUUUUACUUUACUUUUUCCUUGUUACUAAAUUCCUUUUAACUUUGAAAAUUGAGAAUAUUAUAUAAAAUAUCCACAUCAAUAUUUAUAGGAAUGUCAGCACAUUUUUGAGAGAAACUGUAUUUUACACCAGCAUGAAAGAUAACGUGCUUUUUGAGAUGUUCAAUACAAAGAGCUUUUUGAAGUUUACAAACUAAUUUUCAGAGUGUGUUUACCAUAUGCCAUACUGUCUUGAACAUCAGAAUGUGGAAGAAACGGCCCUCUUUCUGGUUUAGCUUUCAGUGCUGAAUAAAGUUUAGUUGGUAUGUAAGGGUUAGGGUUUGGUUUUGUUUUUUGUAUCUUCUGAACGAAUAGCUGAUGGCAAUUCUAGACAAUACUGAAGUAAGAAGGCCAGAAAGUGACAGAAUUUUCAGUAGAGACACGCCUAAAGGUUUUGCUAAAGAUGAUAUGAAGCAAGCAUGUAGAUCCAUGGCAUUAUUGGUGGAAGUCAUUUAAUUUUUUUUAAAAAAGAUUUUAUUUCAAUUUGUUCUAUUUUCUGAAAGCAAAGGCACUGGAUUUUUUUUUAUUAGUAUCCACAAUUUCUAACCUCUUGUUGCAUUUUUGUACAUGUAGGACUAAGGAAGUAUCUCUUUUUGUAAUGUGGGCAUGAUCCAUGCUGUUAUGUGUGGGGCUUUGGGGGCUGUGUGGGGGUGAGUAUUUAAUAUAUUGUAUUAUAGCAGAGAGAUCUGUGAAUAGCUUGUUAGCGUUGUUCAGUGAGCAACAUCGUAACAAUCACCAUAUUGAUGAAAGGCAAAAUUGCUUCUUCUUUCUGUGAACUAGCAAGGAAAAUUCAUACACUGGGAAAAGUUCUAUUUCAAUAUUCUUUUCUGCCCAUUCAGCUUGUUGGUCUUUACAUUGAUCUGGCUCUCUACAGAGGACUGGGUGGAACCCCCUUCUCCCUGUCUGAUUUGCUAGGCUGGACUCAGCUCAUCUUACACCAUCAGCCCUCACCCUAGCUGUGAGCAAAUAGGCUUCUUAGCAGUGUAUGAGCCCAGGGGAGGGAAUGGGUGUGCAAUGUGUUGCAGUUUCAUUGUGUAAGAGAACAUAAAUUAAACAUGAAACCAUUUCAUGCUUCAAAUGAGGGCUCGGGUUAUUGGGGAAUAUUCCAGCCGCCACUGCAGUCAAAUAAGCUGUGACUGAGGAUCUUUGGGGUUUUAACAUGUGACGUCUAACCCAUUAGCCCUUUUGACAAGGGAGAACAGAGUGACGCCUUCCUGGGAGCAGGGAAAGUAAGACGUGCCAAAUCUUUUAUUCAUCGUGUGCCACAUUCUUGUGCAACAGAUAGGUAUAGAGAAGGAGUGGCAAGCCAGUGCUGCUCCAGAUGUUGUUGGACUUCCAUCAGCCAGCCAGCAUGCCCAUGAUGGAAGUUGUAGUCUAGCCACAUAUGAAGGAGCACAGGUUCCCUGCCCCUGGUCUAGAGGCCUCAGUUAAAGGUUCUUAGUUGCAUUGUGGUCUUGAGCUAUGCCCUUUAGUAUUUAGAUAAUUUGUAUUACGUAUUUGAUUACGCCCAGGGUCUCUGUACCUCUGGGGCAGGGGAGAUUGAGGAUUUUCCCUUUUAUGCCAUUAAGAGUCCACUUCAUGUAAAAGUUGAAACAAUAAAUGAUCUAUCUCCACUUUUGUAAUUAAAAAGUAAGUUUAAGCAUGUCAUUUAAGGGCACGUUCUGAGCAGAAAAGACCCACAAGAGGAUGGUAACUUUGGUGGAUGUUAACUUUGUUAAGGCAGAUGCUAACCAGAUUCUUGUCAGUAGGUGUUUUUUUUAGGAAUCCAGUAUAGGUAAGGACAGAAACAACAUUAAAUGUUUGGUAUUAGUGCCAAUAAGCCACAGCUGUCUUGGCAACUAGUUACUUUGGGUUGUUGUUGUUUACACCCUGGUUGUAAUCAUGUGCAUACUCACCUGGGAGCAAAUUCCACUAAGUUCAGUGGAGCUUGCUUCUGAGUAGGCAUGUAUAGAAUUGUGUAAUAAUAGCCUUCCUGGAAUGUGGAAAACAUAAGUAAAAAUAAAUGUGCCACUUUCUGAAAUUAUCUGCCCUAACUUGAGAAUAAGAAACUGGCAGUUAAAAUCACAUGAAAGCUACAUAGUCCACAUGGCGACAGAUGCUAGGUCUGCAAACAGGCCUCUGCCUUGACUUUUGUGGCAAGACAGCAAUGCCUUCUUGGCGACCAUGCUGGAAAACCUCCUAAAGUGGGCAUCUAAUGAGUUUCUUUCUCUUUCAGGAUGCUGAAGUAUCACAAAUAAAAGGGACAGGCUAGUAGAAACUUGCAGAGCUGUUGCAUUUUUAUAUAGACAUUGCAUUUGUCCCUCCACCAAUCCACAUGAGGGAUACCAAUAUUGAGCUACACCUGAAAACAUGGCUAUGCCCACCCUUACAUGAGGAAGAAUGUAUACCCUUAUUAAAUGCACAACAAUCAGUUCUGGAGGGGAUCAGCAUUCAAUCAAUAAUGGCAGCUGGAAUGUGUUUGUUCUCUGCAGACACAGGCAAAAACCUGCCAGGUGACUAAAGUAUGGGAACGGAGCCAGGUAGUUACUGUUAGGACAGUCUAGAAGAAUUUCACAUGGGUACUAAAUAAAAUUUCCAGUUCCGGGAGCCAAAGAUCAGUCUCUGAUUAAAUUGAAGCACAGUUUCAAACACUUGUCAGAUGUUAGUGAUCCAUUAACAGGCUUCAGCAGGUUUGUUCAACACAUUACAGUCAGGAUAAGCAAGGGUGAUGAGCAACCAGCCAUCCCCACCUCCAGCAUUGAAGUUGCAGAGGAGGGCAGAAGACAUCUACCCUCUCUCUAGCUUCAUGGCUGGGAGAGAGGCUGUGGGUUGUUUAGCAGCUGCAAGUUAAGGUGUCUGGAGGUGUUUUAGAACUAUCUAGAGAUACAGACUAGCAGUGAAUCUCUAGGAUUUCAGGCAGGGAUCUCUUCCAUCCCUACCUGGAGAUGACAGGGAUUGAAACUAGGACAUUCUACAUGCGAUGAAACAGAUGAUCUGCCACUGAGCUGCUGACCUUCCCUAUAUUUCUCAAGCCACUGAGAGCCAAAACAACAUGCAUCUCAACACCCCCAUCCUUGACAGUCUUUCCUGCUCUAUAUCAGGAAAGGUGGGCAGAGGAAGACUGGACAUAGAUGGAAGGUGCUCAGAGCAGUAGGGGUCCCCAACUGGUCGCUCUCCUCACUAGCCUUUCCUUCUGGAAAGGUGAGGACAGGGGGAGGUUUUGGUGCUGCUGCUAGAAAGUGUUCAGCACCCAAUCCUAGCAUGCUGCCCUUGUACCAGCACCAAAUAUUUGCUGUUUCUGUCAUUGCCCAAAUCUGGCACUUAAUGCUGAUGCCUAAAAUUUUGAAUCUUGUGCUUAGGAAUUUGAAAAAAAAUGUUUUCCCGAAUGCCAGCUGUUGUGCUUUCACCUGGCUGAAGGUAACUGAGAGUUGGCUCACAUGAUUUGCAGCUGACAAUGUUUAAUCCAGUUUGAAUGCUAAGGGGCAGGGAAGUCAAAUCUACAAGUGUGAUGGCGAAACCUUAGGCAUGUCACUUGGCCAUGAGCAAAAAGCAGGUUUAUGGGACCUUUUUUCACUCUGAGGGCCAGAGCAGAAACUUACCUUCACUCAUGUGGCCCAUUUUUUUUAUGUAGUUGCACGAGGCUCCCUGCCUGAUAUCACAAUGGCAUUAGCUGUCAGCUUCAAAAAAAGCUCUGUCAAUGUUGAUUGGUGCGGUUGGUGACCCUGCUUGCUAAGUAACAGUUAGGAAGGUAGUUUAAGCUCUUAAUUGUCCUUUUGGAACCAUGUCUUUACCUGCCCCACACCUGAUGCAACACCUGAUGUCAAGUGUGGGGCAGAUGGGUAUUGUUUGGAGGAAAUGGCUUUGUGGGCUAAAAUUAGGCCUGUAGGCUGGAGGUUCCCAACCACUGGUGAAAAGGGUUCUGUGAUCUGCCAACAGCCAGACUAAUUACACUCAUUAACCUAUCUUCAUUAAGGAUGAUACUAUCUUAGCUUAAUAAGUUGAGACACGAGUGGGCCUUGGCAGUGGGUGUACAACCCCUUCGCUCAUUCCUGUAUAGUAGGAAUCCCCCCCCCCCGAUUUUAAUAAGUCUGCAUAACAUAUAGAUUACAGAAAAAAUAAAUUUGUCUUUUGAGAGACAAUCAAACCAAGAAGUCUUCCAUUAACUCGAGUUUUUCAUUUUGUCUGAACUGGGAAACCAUGGUUAACAGCUUUUAGAUGCCCACUUGUCUUUUCAGUGUCUUCUGCUGUAUUUUUCUAGAAGGCUAGAAAUAUGACAAGAUAAGGAAUUUAUCUGCAGGUUUUGUCCUUUGUGCCCCUUUGAGAAAUGUGGGUGAGCUAUAUUUGCUGUUCAGACUGUGCAGUCAUAGUUUGUCUCUGAGUGUCUUGUGUUCAUAACUGAUCCUUUUUUCCCCCCUUGUAGGGAGGGAAAUGAACCAGGGGAGUCCAUGACGAUCACGUACAGUGAAUUGCUGAGUAAAGUCUGCCAGUUUGCCAAUGUUCUUCAGGAGCAAGGUAUCUGACUCUGCAAAUCUGCUUGCCUCGGAAAGCAUCCCUCCUUUCUCUGAUGAGUGUAACAGGUCUUGCCAUCCAAGCCUGAAGUUGGGGAAGAGGUGGUGGGAUUUUUUUUUUUUUUACAGUUGUGCCCCACCUCCCAAGUGCAGAGCAAUGCAGAUCAGGCUGCACUUUCAUUUUGAGCUGAGAGGAGGGAUUUCAUUUGAUAUCAUGCUGUAGCUUAUAGGAUUGCUUCAGAAGUAUAAUAUGAAGGUCAAGACCCCACCUCUCCCCCACAACUUGGUAGAGGGGUAGAAUUGUGGUGAUAAAUGCUGGAAAUGGAUUACAGAUGUGUGCUAAACGAACUUGAUCUUUGUGACUCUUAAAACAAAGCAGCUUUGUAAGAAUUUGUACAAAGAAGGACACACACACACAUACACAUAUAUAUACUUCCAGUAUAUUUUUAUAUUAAAUAUAAAACUUCACCACAUCCAUCCCAACAUUGUUUCCGAGCAGAAGCAUCUGUUCCUUCCAAAUUGGGGCUUAAACAGAAUUUUUGUUAAAAUGUACUCUGAUAAGAUUAUCUGCAACUUUGCAUAUUAAGCUUUAUAAAUUAUUAUUAUUUGAUUCUGCAUACUGGUAUGUUUAACCAUCUUUGCAAUACUUUUUAAUCAAUGUCCUCUUGCUCACCCUUCUGAUUUUGCAUACCUCCAUUGAUAUGUCUUAUUUUAUACAGAUGUGGCAUAAUGUUUAUCUACAGAACAUGAAGAAAUAUAAUUUAUUAUGCAGGGCAGAAACCAAUGCUAGCAACAAAUGUAAAAUAUGCAGAAUAUAUGGAUAGGUAUCAGUGAAAGCAACAAAUAUGUUUCGAAUGAUCUUAUUUGUUGAUUUGUUUUUUAUCUGACAUGUGGCUCGUGAAUAUGUGGCAAGGUGUGGUCAAAUAAAGUUGUAUUCAGCUUUAAAAAACAAAUAUCAGGCGAUUGUAGGAAUGUUGCCAGUAGUAUCAAUGGAUGGAACUACAAAAUAAAAUGCUGUUAAUAGAAAGUUAUCUUUUUCAAAGGAAAGUAAAAUGUAACAAAUGUUUGCAUAUAACAUUUCAUAUUAGAUACAUCUGACCAGCAAGAGAACCCUUUGGUAUAUUUAUAUUCUAAAAUGUUUAAAUAGAAACAUAUCCUACCUAGCCUUAGGAACUUCUAAAUACAAAACGGUGACUGGUUCCACUAAAGAGAUAGUUGCACUUUUUACUGGGGCUGUUGUGAGAAUUUAACUUGCUAGUGUUUUGCAAAGCAACUUGGAAAUGAAGCAUCAGUGUGCUUCCUCUUCUUAGCUGUGGCUUGAAGAAAACAUAUUAACAGCAUUUUAUUCUGUAGUGCCAUCCCUUGAUACCACUAGCAAUGUCUUUGAAGCAAAGAUGCCCUUCUAAAUUCAGCCACAAUAUGCCUCUCUUUCAUUGGUAACCCCAGGGCAGAUCCCAUGAUCCCAAGUCCCCCCCCCCUCAAAAGUUUUGUUUGUCAUGCAUACACUUCUGAUCUUUCAGGAAUUGUAUGCUUGUGUUUUUGAGCCUCCUGACUUCUUUUUUUUCCAGCUUUGUUCUUUCUCUUGGAAUACCAGGGCCCAGGACACAGUGGCUGAAUGGCAAAAAGAAUGUCCGCUGUUUGGCAUGAGAAACAUCUCUUUCUCUUUCACAGGCAUAAAGAAAGGAGACAGAGUUUCUAUCUACAUGCCAAUGAUCAUUGAGCUGGUGGUAGCCAUGCUAGCCUGUGCCAGAAUUGGAGCAGUUCAUUCCAUUGUGGUAGGAAGGAGCAAUUACUUCUGGUGUGAUUUCUGUUCUUGUGCGGCACUGGCUGCAGAUUGAAAUGAACAGUGCUUGUAGCAGAUAGCAACCCAAAUUAAGCUAACUUUGUGUCCCUGAACUGGGUGUUUUUUUUUGGGGGGGAGGGUGGAAUCUUGUGUUCCAGUUUAAGGAUUUUUAAGCUUAGGUUUUUAGAGAAUGUUUUCCAUGUUGACAUUUGCCACCCCACUCCCUGAGCAUUGCAGAGGAUUCUGCAGAGUGUUCCAAUGCAUGGUCUGUACAUGUGGGGGUGUCAGCAAAGCUGUACAUUGCAGAAGUCUGGUAGCCAUGGGCAAACUGUAUUUCAAUGAAAUAUAUAUGCAAUUCUCAUUGAAAAAAAACCUUGAUAAUCAUCUAAGGAACUCUAGAGCACUCUAGAAUAGCCUUUUGGAAAAGUUAUGGCACUAAUAUAUUGUAAAAGUGCCAUUCGUUGAGUCCCUGUUCACAACUGCAAGUGUGAUUAACCGUGUGUUCUUGUUUUUAGUUUGCAGGUUUCUCGGCAGAAUCCCUUUGUGAAAGGAUCCUUGAUUCCCACUGCUCACUUCUCAUCACUGCAGGUAAAACAGUUCUCUUCUGAACUGCAGGGCCCUUAAUCUUAUCAGAAUACUUUGCAAACAAGAUUGACCUUUUAAUGAAAACACCCCAUGUUCGGCCAACUUUUUAUGCUCUUCCUCUUACUAGGAAGGAGCUAUUACUGGGUUGAACUGCAGUCCAGGGAUAUGUUUUGUCAGGGCACAAGCUGUGGGCAAUACAUCCGUUUUCUGAUAAGGUGGAGUUUCAUUAUCGAAAGAGCCUCCUUCCACUUUGUUUGAUGGUUUCUGUUGUUACAAGUGGUUUCAAAAAUUGUGUCAGAUUUCCUGGGUGCAAUUCUGGAUACAGUUUUUAGGCUGCAAUCCUAUGCAGCUGCCUGCUGAAAAGAGUGGGAUAAUUCUAACUAGAUAUAUGCAUGAUAUUGCUUUCUUAGUUCAUGAUUUGACAUUCAGUUUGGCUUUCCAUGCCAGAUAAAUAAAAAUAAAGGAAUUUCCACAUUCUGAAAGCAUGCAUUAACUUAACAGUUCAAACUGUUUCUGUUUAAUUUUGUAACACAAUAAAUCAAGAUCUCCAAGAUCUGUAUAUUAGUUUCCUGCCACUUGCUACAUCAUGUUGAACUAAAACAGGGGAAAGUCCUGUAAAAUCUUCUUCCUUCUGAUUGUUCUCCAUAGAACACUUCCAAGAUUAUUGCUCACUGUAAACAUACAAGGUUGGCCCUACCAUUAGACAGAGUGAUGUAACCAGCUCAGGAGGAGCAUCAACCCCUCACCCAGCCAUUCUUGUGGAGCUCUCCAACCAUCUCCAUUUAGUUGGCGGGCAGAGCUGUGUGGGGCACACAGCCUGUCCUGCACCCUGUAAAGUAGCCUGCUGUUCUUGGGUGAAAUGGUGGGCACUGUCCUGUUGCAAAUAUUUAAGUAAGAUUGAGUUGCCAGUCCAGUUGAAUGGGAGUGCCAUCUUGUCCUUUGCAGCAAAAUGUGCUGGGCAGGCACUGAAACCUGAGGCCCUUUCAGUAAGGUAGGUUUCAUUUAUUCCAUAAAGCAGGGAUGGAAAGCCUGCAGUUGAAGUGCAACUCUCAGCAUUGCACAUUCGCGGAGAAAGCUAUCAAGGGCUACCAGCCAUGAUGGCUGUGCUCUACCUCCACAGUUGGGGGCAGCAAGUCUUCCUAAUACCAAUUUCUGGAAACCACAGUAGGGGAGAGUGCUCUUGUGCUCAUGUUCUGCUUCUUGGUUCCUCAGAGGCAUCUGGUUGGACACUGUGAGAACAGGAAGCUGGACUAGAUGGGCCAUUGGUCUGAUCCAGCAGGCUAUAUUCUUUUUCUUCUUCUUUUUAGAUUUUCAGUUUUACAAUUACAUCGUUUUCCAUUCUUAUACAGUAGUUCUUUUUUAGACACCCCACCCAGCAUUCAGUGAGGGUUCUUUGUACAUCUUGCUUAGCUGCAUAUACAUUAAUUCCUUCACCUUAUUUUUCACAGUGACAUAUCAUUUAUAUUAUCAACUGUUGGUCACAAGGUAUCCCGUACUUGGAAUUUGAGAUCAUAUAUUUUUUUUUGUAAAUAAUCCCCUAAAUACUCCCACUCACUUCUCAUCUGUUUAUCAUCUUGAUUUCUUAUUCUAGAUGCCAUACUUGCAAGCCAGUAGGCUAUUCUUAUAUUCUUAUGUCAUUGACCAUGCUGGCUGGACUUGAUAGGAGAAGGAAUCCCACAACAUAUGGAGGGUCACAGACUUCAGAUCCUUACCAUAGAGGCCUCUACUGUGUCCAUGAUUGGUCUUCACUUUAGCAAACUUUCUCUUAAUUCCGUUGUUUCCAUCCUUUCCUUUAAACCAAGCUGUCCCUUUCUUCUUGUGACCUUCAAGUGCUUGCAGGCUGUUCUGGUGAGCCAGUUUAAUGAUUUGCUUACUCUUUGUAGAUGCCUUUUAUAGAGGUGAUAAGCUGAUUAACCUGAAGCAGAUAGCAGAUGACGCCUUGCAGAAAUGUAAAGACAAGUAAGUCAGACUGCAAUUGUGGUCUUAAACAUUAUAGCAUCCCUGGCACAGAGGUGUGGAUAGAAAUAAAGCUGGGGAAAUUAUGUGCCGUGUACAUACACCCCUUUUGAAAGAUGCUCACUCUGUCCACCCCACAGCAUUUUGUUUAGAACUAUAAUAACCUUUCUUGUAAGCAUUUGUUCUCCCCUGUCUGGUUAACUACUUCUGAAAUGGAAGUUGCUGACUUUCCAGCACAAAAUAUUUGUCAACAAUUAAUUAGGGCAGGAAGUCAAAACAUAUCCCCACUUCAAUGACUCAGUUCAUACAUCAUCAAGCCAUUGGUGCGAAAGCUUACCUAUGGUUAAAUGUUGUGUCUGAACUGACAAACCAUUGUUUGCAUACAAGAGUUAGACAUUCUGUUUGGAAGAUGUUUGGAACCCAUGGUUUAGCAGAGGGGUGGGGGUCCUUUUUGACUGUUUGACUAGAUUUUUAUCAGUUCCACUUAUGAGAUCAUGAUGACAUCAGAUGACUGAUAGGAAAGUGGUUUUUCCAUCCAAUGAAGUAGCACCCCGCAGUAAAGAGUGCUUAGCAAUUUAGUGGUAGAACUUGGUUGAUCAAUAUAAUUUAUCCAGCCUGCCUCAUACUUUCAUAAUCAGCUGCACAGGUUCAAACUUGCUCAGGCAAAUAACCUAGACUCUCUUCUUGGAAUUGUUGUGUGUUUUCCAUUAAAAUAGUUUGGGCUCAUGACUUCAUCUUCCCUCUCCUUGUAGGGAUGCCCCUCUGCGAAGGUGCAUUGUGGUCAAGCAUUUAGGAAGGGAAGAACUGGUGCUGGACGGGCCAAGCAGCAAGUCUCCACCUCUCAAGAGAAUCUGCCAGAGUGUGCAGGUGAGUUUCCUGUUGUAAAUGGGUGAAGGACCUGUUUAAGGGCUUGAGCAGCUUUUCCUUAUUUGAGAGAGAUGAUUGCAUGUUUAUAAUUAUUCUGCCAUCGGGAGUUAAGAUUUGUUUUGCUCCUGGUGCUUCUAUCUGCAUUGUAGAGAACUAGGCAGAACUGUUUAGCAUUGCCAGGAAGAAAUGCUAUUUUCUCCCAAACAGCCCUUGCCUUGCAAUUGAGAUUGUUAUGUGCGAUAUGGCUGUAUAAUAAUCAUACCCACUCACUGGAUAGUGCCUGUGAUAUCGCUGCCGCCGAAGAUUUGUGCUUUUAAAAGUUUACUUUCCUGGGCAAGCUUCACUACUGGAUCAUGAGACUUAUCAUCAGGUCCUUCAGCAGAAAACAGAAAAAUGGAGCAAAGUUACACUUCGUCCUCACUCUUCCCCACCCCCAGUUUCCUGCCAUUCUAGAAAAGUUUAUUCUUUAAAACUUAUAUGGUGCUAAAAGACAUAUGGGCCUUUUCUCACUUACAUAGCAGAAUUGUUACUUCCACCACAGAUAGAAAUCUAAAAACUAUCAUGUGUUUAGUCCAUGAUACAAUUAAAGGUCUGAAAACAGGACAUUUUUGUGUGCAUAUUUUCUUUAAACUUGAGGCAUUAAGUUGUCUUUGUGAGAGCAGCAAGCACACUAACAGAGUCACCUGUGCAAUGAAAUAAGCAGUAGGUGGGCUUCUCACCAUGCUCUUGAACUAGGUUUAGAUGGGACCAGGGCUUUUUUUCUGUGAAAUUUAUCAAUGCUUGCAGUAAGCAAGCUGUAUUUACAAUCAGAAUAUGGAUGGGAAUCACAGGUAUUUCCAUUACAGUAAGAGUGCAGAAUCUAUGCCCCUCCAGAGGUUUCUGGGCUGCAGCUCCCAUAAUCCCUGACCAUUGACCAUGCUGGCUGGGACUGAUGGGAGCAAUAGUCCAACAAUAUCUGGAGGGCAACAAGUUAUUCAUCUUGUACUACAGCAAGGUUAUCUGUCUUUCUGUUAUGUUUGUAUGGAUUCCUGCAAAAAAAGAGGAACUAAUUUGAACAUAACUCUCAGAUAGUUCCUGCUUUUACUGUUGGUUUAUCAUCUGGGAAACCCUCAGGUUGCAAAUCCAUUGGCACAGUAACAUUCUCCCUUGCCAUGCAGACUUCCCAGAGCACUUCACUGUUGCUUGGACCCAUCCCACUUAUCUUACAAAUAAGUUGUAACCCAAUGUCCACCUUGCCUUUUACAAACUAAUCAGUUUAUCUUUCCACUACCUUCCGCAGCACUUGUGCUGUUCCUGUAAACACACAGUGCUAACUAGAUUCCCUUAUCACAGCACCAGGGGAAUAAGAAGGAAUAAUAUUUUCUGGGUAGCUUCUGUAAGUGCAGAGGUUUCCGGUGCCAGGUUUCUGUGCUGGAGAUACUUCAACUUAGCCACAAUCCUGUUGGAGAGCCAAGUGAACCUUCUCUAGAGGCUAUUCUGUAUUACAAUAUAUUGUAAUGCCUAGCAUGAACAGUGCUUGGAAUUGAGGUUAUGUGGUUCUGCCCUUGGUUCUGGUCCAGAAGCUUCAGCUAUUUCAGAAACCUGCAUCCAGACUAGCGAUGGAAUAAACUACUGCCAGUGUAUGGGCAGUGAAUACUUUGUUUACAUUGUUUGAUGAGCAACGUAUUAACAAUGGCUGCAUUGAUGAAAGUUGCUUCCUUUUUUAGUGAACUAGCAAGGACACGUCAUACUAGGGCAAAUCCUGUUCUGCCCCCUUUUUAUACCUGUUCAGCUUCUUGGUCUUCACAUUGAUCUGGCUCUCUGCAGAGCACUGAGUAAAACCCAUUUCUCUUUGGCUGUUUUGCAUUAGUUCAUUAGAAGCCUAUUGCAGAUGCCCUUUUUGUGUUACCUUAGCAGUAUAAGAACUGGUUUUCCAUGGCUUCAUCCUGCACUGGAAAGCACAGGCUAGAGGACCAGCCUGGGCUCUUGUAUGCAGGAAGAAAAGCUCUGAAAUGGAAUCAGCCAAGAAGCAUUGUCAGGGAUUGACCCGUUGCCUGAGCCUAUGCUUUGCAGCUCAUCUUUAGCAUCCAAGAAGAUGCGCUUUUGCAGCCAUGAUGUGCACCCUCUCAGCUGCAUCAUGUCUUUCCUUGCCAGCAUGGUAUUUUAAAAGGUAUAGGCACCCUAGCACAACUCUUCCACUUCUCAAAUCUUAUAUCUUUGUGAAUUUUUAACAGGAAAAAAAGACUGAGAGCUCAAAGAGAGUCCAUCCCAAGGUAUUUACUGUGUAGCAGAAGCUUUCUCUCGGCACCCCUCUGUUCUGCUUUCCCUUUCCAGCACUCCUCCUCACUUACCUGCUCUCACUCUUGCUGCACGGCACAGUGUGGCCUCCUAACCCCACUUCCAUCAGUUGCAUGUUAGUCAUAGACAUCACUGUCCCAAGGGUUGGAAGGGAGCGUCGCGAUACAUGCCAUGGCCUGGGAUUGUUUGGGAGGGACAGUGACUCUGUUGUAGUCCUAACACUUUCUUAGUAUCUCCUUGUAUAUGCACAUGAAACGUAAAAGGGAUUUUACACAAAACCAACAGAAAAUGUCAAGGGGUGGUGAAGGAAUGCAGGUCCUUGUGAUAUCUCUUAGGAAAUAAGCGCAGCUGGGGUCCUGAAACGGGGUUACAUGAUGCACAGCAUGUUCACACACUGAAUGGCUUGGUGCAGCUUCCAGGAGUUCUGUGCUCAGACCCCAUUUCUUUACCUUAAAGCAGCUCUAUGGGCUUGUGAAGUAGCCCGUCUCAUGCUUCCACCCUGACAGCUGAGCCAGCUCUGCUUCCACCAGCAUUGUACCAAAUGAUUACUACUGUAUGUAACAGGCUGAGAUGUGGCUCCAGCCUUUAUUGUACUCUUUCCCCUUCUUAGCUGGCUUAAUCCGAUCAAAAUGGUUGCUUCUCUGCAUCAAAGUUGUGUUGAAAAACGAUUCUACAAGAACGAAGAUUUUGCCGCCAGCUUUCCAGUACAAGGAGAUUUCUAUUACUAGUCCUUGAUUAGUAAUUCUGUUACUAGCAAUUUCUUGAUAUUAUUUUCCAGAGGUUUUGUCUUUUCUGGGAAUUGGCUUGUUGCUUGAUAUUUGGAAAGUGAGCAUGGUUUUGUAUAACCUUCAUGCUUAACUGCUGUGUACUCUUCUCAAGCUGUAAGCACUCCAAGCAAGGAUUUGGAUACAGUCUUUGAGCGGUGAAUGAAAGAGCGCAUACAGGCUCCAGAAGGUGUAGCCUCUUGGCAAAGGCAGUGUGAUGCAGAUACUACUCAAUAUGCACCUAUCACUCUAUUCAUUAGUAUAUGCAGUAUAUGCAGCAGUGACUGUUACUACUGUUUGCCACCACAUAACCAGUGCGAGGUCCUGCUGGUCAGCAGCAUGUGCCCCACAGCCUGAGCAUCAUGCUAACACCCCCUGCCAAACGCCCUACCAACUGUGCAAGCUCUAGGGCAGCUGCCCCCACACCAGAUGGACAGUGAGUCGGAUGCUGACUGACAGCAUAGACAUGUAACCACAUUUUGCAUUCUGGGCUUGCACCCUUGCCUUGGGCAGUUUUCCUGCUUACAUAUCAUAGCACUACACUGAAAGAUUUGUAUUGAAACACUUGCUCAGUAUCUUUUUUUAGUAGACUUCAAUACAUGCUGCAGGACAUACUGGUGCUGUAUCAGCUUUUAAUACUAACCUUUCAUCACUGUUCUUCACAGGGAAGGGGAUUAUUCAGAAAUUGCAACUCACAUGUUCUUUUGUUAAAAGUGUAGGGGGAAAAGCUUAGCUAUACAGGUAAGCUGCUGCUUUUUCUGAAAGGUGGCUUUAUGGCUCCUUUCCAAAAAUUUACCAGCUUUGGCACUGCACGUUAGGCUGUGCAAAGGGGGUGUGAGAGUCCUACAGAAAUUUGCAUGAGGAUAUCCUGUUCCUGGUAGCACAAAUACUGUUACGCCUUACGCAAACUUUCCACAACAGCCUUUUGACUGUGUUUCUCUUCCCCACCUCACCACCCAUCAGCUCCCUAGACUGGGAUUUUCAAAGAUUUUUAAAAAUUCAAUGAAAAUUGGGUACACAACACUGCAUUUGUUUCAUUUCAACAAGAAUGCUUGUUUCACCUAAUCACUCUUUAAAACUAUUUUGUAUUGACUUGUUUUGUUUGCUCAAGCCAACUUCAAAGUGGGGUUUGCAAUAUUGGCUUUGUACUGAAAUCAUCUUAUAGUUAAGCCUGAUGUAACCAGGAGAGGAGCUAUGUAGCAGAGUUUCAGUUUACAUGAUACACACUCAAGAAUCCAGACUCACUGUUCUAUAAGCAUUGCCUUUGCAUUAAUACCUACUAGGGUGCACUGUUGUUAUGAGAGAACUGAUAGUGUGCUAUAGAGGAUAUAUUCAUUAAAAAUAAGAGAAUUCUGUGAGCCCAAAGCACUCGCCCACAUGGAGGCUGCCUGCCGCACCUCUACCAGCAUACUGCUCCAGCCUUGUCUACUUCCAAUCAGCUUCUGCUGGGGACAGCUAAUUCUGCUGUUUCUUCAUAUUGGGUGCAAUCGAAUGAUCCAGUUGUGCCCAGUGUAGCUUAAAAUGCUUAAAAUGGCCCCCUUCCAUUGAGAAGGGGAAACUUGCAGCAGCAACACAUAAAGAAACACGGUGAGAGCUCCUCUGGAGUGGGUAAUGCUUAUUCUUUCAAAAAUGUUCCACUUCACCUAUCAGCUUAGGAAACACUAGUUUGAUGUUUACGUUUUGCCCACCAAUGGUUGGUUGCUGAGCUGUUCGUUGUAAUGAGAUUUCUGCUUAGCUCCUUGGGAGCUGUUCUCCAACCAUCUUCAUCUGGAACACCAAAUAAAGGUUCUUUUGGAAGUUAGGUCCCAUAUAAAUAAAUGGCACUUCAUCCGCAGUAAUACUUUUAGCACCAGAAUAUGGAUGCGUAUAGUUUCUCCAUAACUUAAAUGUUUUUUAAUGUAUCCAUCCAGGUAGCAAAGUGUAACUAGGAAGCAGUUAAUGAUGAGAUUGCUGAUAGGCAGACGCUUAGACCUGUGCUGAGAAUAAAUGGCUGCAGGCCAUUGGGCUUCUCAAAGGCCUGAAGCCAGGGGUGGUGAAUGGUGGCCCCCUAGAUUUUGGACUACAACCGCCUUCAGUCCCAGCCAGCAUGGUCAGGGAUAAUGGGAGCUGUAGUCCAGCAGUGUCUGGAGAACUUCAUGUUGCUCUCCUUAGUAUGGAUGUAUAAUAACCAUGCUUCAUUUACAUAAAGAGAACAUAUAAAAUGGCUCUGUGCAUGUGUAUUAAAUGCCGGAACUCCUGGUGGAUUUGCUGCAUGCCACCUUAGUGUGAUAUUUAUAAUUAUCCCUUUGCCAUUAACUCCCUAGGUGGCUCUUCCAAAUCAUUGUGUCUCAGAAUCAUAGCCCCUCUGGGGAUCAUAAUACCGACCUACUUUAUUUGGGGAUUUAUUAUUUAUGUACUAUUUUUUAUUUUUAAAAAACAUAUUUAUGUUCCUCCUCUCCAACACAAUUGUCCCAGGGUGAAUAUAAAAAUUGCAAGAAUAAAAUUGUUGAUAUCAGCUGAUCUUCACUGGUGAGGGCCUUUGCUGAUGAAAGCACAGGAGUUAAAGUGUGUGUUGUACUUCAUUUCAGAAACCUUUGUAUUUCCCUUAGGCAUUCUUGACUGCCAUGAGACAGUUUCCUUACCAUUCCUGAAUUGCUUCUUUUUAUGAACCAUUUGUCCAUAGCACAUGCACAGAACAUUCAAAAUGAAGUGGUUUGGAUAGCUCUGGUCUCAGCAGAUGAAGUUGAACUGGCUUGCGUAAAUUCAAGGACUUUGAGAUAAUUUGUUCAGAUUCAUUAAGGGGCUUUCCUCAUGCUACCCAUUGUAAAGAACUAUUUGUGCAUGAAACAUGAAGAUGAAAAUACAGUUAUGCAUACAGGGGAAGACAAAUUAUUGAAGUGGUUUAUAAUUAUAUGAAACACAGUGGGAGACACGCACUGGGAAAAACUAUUAAUAAUUGCAUAUGAAUUUAGGAUGUGCACACAACUGUUCUGAUAAUAGACUUACAUAUUCACUAAAGCCAAGCGUGCGGACUUGGUGAAUACUAUUCCUGAUCCAUAGGGCUGUUGAUUAAAAGAAUUCUAAUAGCUUCUCACCCCCCUGCCCAAGACUUUGUUUGACCUUGGGCAAGCUUGUAUUUCAGCCUUCCAGUAAGAGUAGCCUACCUUACUGGAUUGUUGUGACGAUAGAUGAAAGACUACGAAGAACUUGCAGAUCAAGUUUAUAAACAGCAUAACUGGUAAUAAUUGCACUACAUUCCUGUAGCUAUUGCUUAGGCUCUGACAGAUGUUCAGUAGCCUUUGUUUGCUACUUGGAAAAAUAACAGCGUUUAACAAUAAGAUCAGUAUUAUUAAGGCAGAAUCACUAAGAUUGUUGAACUAAUGAUGCCACAGUUUUGGUUAGGAGGUCAAAACUGCUCAUUUAAACAGAUGCCAUGGUGUGUUAACACUGUAGUUGUACUUCUUCAGCUAUUAAGAAAGGAAAACGCUUUUAAAAAUAGGAGAAAAGCUGAAACGGUGAAGUAGAGUUCUGCUUUAGAAGCCAAAAUAAUCAUUUAAAGUGCAAGAGCUCCAAAGCUGGGUUUCUUCGACCAUCUUGCUGUCUUUUAAGUAUUAUGUGUGCCUCUUACUAUGUGGUUUUCUUCAGAUACCUUGGAAUUCAGAAGUCGACCUUUGGUGGCAUAACGUUAUGAAGAAUUCUAGCAAGGAGUGUGAGCCUGUCUGGUGUGAUGCGGAAGACGAACUGUUUAUUCUCUACACCAGUGGGUCAACUGGAAAACCGAAGGUAGGUUCCUUUAUUCUGAUCCUGUGCCAAAGCAUGAAGUGAAGAGUUAAUAUUUACUUGUCAAGUCACACACGCUUGCUGUUCACUCUGCUGUGUGGACGCUUUGGAUCCAAAUGCUUACUGUUUUAAUGCUUUCACAGUACUGGUCUGGAACCAGAAAUGGGCCCUAUCUCUACAAAUACUUGUAACGUUAGUGCAACAUUAAUUACACAUUAGUGUAACGAGACCUCUUGUAUUCCAGGUGCUCUAGGUUACUUGGAAGGGGGAAAGUUCAAUGGUAGAGAAUGUUUUGCCUGCAGAAGGUCCCAGGUUCAGUCCCUCCCAUCUCCCCAUAAAAGGAUCUCUGGUAGCAGGUACUGUGAAAGUUCUUUGCCCAGAAACCCCGCCUAGCUGCUGCCAGUCAAAAUAGAUGCCAUUGGGCAAGAUGGAGCAGUGGUCUGACUUAUUCUGUUCAUGUGGCCCACUGUGAAAUUCUGGGAUGGUGGCAUUGUGUGUAAAUAAAUACAUGCAGGGUGCAGGACUGGCCACAUGUAUUUUUUCACGAUUAUUGAGCAGCAGUUGGCAUAAAUAAUUAAAGGAGGCACAGAAAGCCUAAUACUUUUUAGUCUUUGCUAUACAUAGCACAUCUACACAUUACAGGCUUUCUUCAUAACAACAUAUGCUUCCUAAGCCUUGUAUACAUCUGUUUAAAUUCACACGAGAUAAGAGUCUGCGCAUAAACUCUGAUGUGUUUAUUUCACUGCUUGCUGUACAGAGCGCUCACUUUACUGAAUUUAUGUGGUCGGUGGUUUGAUGACUACAAAAAUAUCACAUGAACUAAUUUGGUUACCUCUCAGGGCUGUGUUUGGAAUUGGUGCCACUAUUUUCGCAUUUAAUUAUGACACUGCAAGUAAACAUUGCAAAGAAAAGUACUUCAUGGUGAUGUUUCCCUGUAAAAGGAAGUCAUACCGCUUACCCUUGUGUGUGAUUGAACUAAUGUUAUGGUUAUAAUGUGGUUAAUGAUACAGUAAAAAUAUGUUUCCUUCUCUCAUGCUGAAGUUUUACUGAUGUAUUUGUUCAAUGCAGUAAUGCUUGAGUAAAACAAUGGCUGGAUCUAGACACAUCAAAGUAGUGUUCCAGUUAAAUGCAUUGUAAAUUUAAACAGGGAAAACAGGUAGAGAAAAACAGGACUCCACACUGCCAUCUGGUGGCACAAUGUUAUAUUACAAAUACAACACAUAUACAGUGGUACCUCGGGUUACAUACGCUUCAGGUUACAUACAUUUCAGGUUACAGACUCUGCUAACCCAGAAAUAGUACCUUGGGUUAAGAACUUUGCUUCAGGAUGAGAACAGAAAUCGCGCGGUGGCAGCCCGGCAGCAGCGGGAGGCCCCAUUAGCUAAAGUGGUGCUUCAGGUUAAGAACAAUUUCAGGUUAAGAACGGACCUCCGGAAUGAAUUAAGUACGUAACCAGAGGUACCACUGUAAAUCACUUUUUCUUUACCAAUCUAGCUGAGUCCAAUGUUGUUGUAUGCUUUCUCACAUAAUGAAAAUCAAGCCAGUAAUGUUCUGUUUAAUUUCAGCUGGUUUUCUUUGUUUCAGGGUGUUGUACAUACAAUAGGUGGCUAUAUGAUUUUCACUGCCACUACCUUUAAAUAUGUGUUUGAUCACCAUCCUGAGGACAUCUACUGGUGCACGGCUGACAUUGGAUGGAUAACUGGCCAUUCCUACCUCACAUACGGACCUUUGGCAAAUGGGGCAACCAGUGUCUUAGUAAGUUCUGUGUGAUAUGCGGGGGCUGUAUGAGGGUGGGGGAGGGGGGACUAGGCUUGCCAGGCUUACACAAACCAAGCAUUGAGUGCCUUGAUCAAGGUUGAAUUGUAUUGGUAUUGUCAUGCAACAUCCUCAUUGGCAAGAAAGCAGCUAAACAAGUUAGGUCACUGAUGAUGACCAUAGCUCCCCAAACCACGUUUGCACUGAGGUUCAUUGCUGGUCAAGUUCUUUUUACUGUCAUUCUUCACAAGUACCUUCUUCUGAUUUGAGCCAGGCAGUCUUGCUGAUUCAAAUCAAGUCAUGAAUGGUCCCCAAAGACCUCUGUGCUCAGUAGCAUUCUUUAGGCUACAGAAGGAUUAUAGGGCUGCAAAGUUUUGCACCCCACUUGCUGGAAGCAGCAGGUGGGGUGGUGGGUUUCUUCUUCUCAUGCUAAACGACUUGUUUUUUGCUCAGUUUGAAGGGCUUCCCAUUUACCCGGACGUUGGUCGUAUGUGGAGCAUCAUUGACAAGUACAAGGUGACCAAGUUCUACACAGCACCCACUGCCAUUCGCCUUCUCAUGAAGUAUGGAGAUGAACAUGUCCAGAAGUAAGUAGGACUUGAAGCAAAACAGAGAGUGGUUUCGCUAAUAACCUUCCAGCACUGGGAAUAUAUAAUCUUAAACAUGCAUCGCUCUAGAGAAAAGCAAACCCUAGAGCAAAGCUAAUUCCUCCAGCCUCUUCCUCAGGAACAGCGUUCUUGUUUUACAUUUGUUCUAUAAGAUACAAAGCAUAGGGGCCAACUCCUAGGGGCCAAGGUCUUUUCAGGGCCCCCCAAUAAAAUAUAUGAGCGGGUUGCCCUUCCCCCCAGUUGAUGGACAUUGCCAUUUAAAUGGUGUACAUACACCACAUCUGGUGCUGGAGGAGACUCUUGAGAGUCCCAUGGACUGUAAGAAGAUCAAACAUCUCCAUUCUUAAGGAAAUCAGCCCUGAGCGCUCACUGGAAGGACAGAUCCUGAAGCUGAGGGUCCAAUACUUUGGCCACCUCAUGAGAAGAGAAGACUCCCUGGAAAAGACCCUGGUGUUGGGAAAGAUGGAGGGCACAAGGAGAAGGGGAUGACAGAGGUCGAGAUGGUUGGAUAGUGUUCGCGAAGCUACCAGCAUGAGUUUGGCCAAACUGCGGGAGGCAGUGGAAGACAGAAGUGCCUGGCGUGCUGUGGUCCAUGGGGUUACGAAGAGUCGGACACGACUAAACAACAACAACACACCACAUCAUGUGACUGAUUCCAUGGGGCAGGGCUUACCUCCCCCCCCCAUAUUUUAUUUAAGUUGGCACCCCUGAUAUAAAGACAAUGUGGGGAGGACAGUGAGAAAAGAGGGAAGGGAAUAUACUUGGCUGAAUCUUGGUGCUUAGUUUAAGCCCUGAUGACUGCUAGAAAAAGUCUGUCUGAAUCUCACCCCAAUUACUGUGCUUGCUCUUGACAGGAGGCUUUUGUCGGUUUCUGGCAAUGUUCUCCUUGUGCUGCUUGGCACUCUCCUUGAAGGGCCAGCUCUAGAACUGCAAACACAUUUUUUUCUUGUGGAGUUUUCCUCCCUCUCUUUAAAAGCCUAUCUGCUUCUUAUGGCAGGUACAGCAGGAAGUCCCUGAAGAUCCUUGGGACAGUUGGGGAGCCCAUAAACCCAGAAGCUUGGCUAUGGUACUAUAGGGUGGUUGGUGAAGAAAGAUGCCCUAUAGUGGAUACCUUCUGGCAGACAGAGACUGUGAGUUAUUUGGUUCCUGGUUCCCUUUGUGUCUUGGGAAUGAUCUGUCUAUUUGCCUGUGUGGGUGUUAGGAUUUUCCUGCGCUCUCCCAAGUACUAGGUUUUGGGUGGCAUUCAGCUUGGUUUUGCUCAGAGUAGACUAAUUGAAGUAAAUGAACUUGACUAAGCAAUGCCCAUUAAUUUCAGUGAGUCUACUCUGCAUCAAACUUAGAUGAAUGCCACUUUUUGAGUGGAAUUCAAUAUAGUGGUAAGUGGGGUAUGUGGGGGGGGUCAGGUUUUCUCCCCUCCCUCACCCUGCAUGCCCCCUAAACCUGUUCUGCAGGUUCCCCAAUCCUCCAGAGUCAAUUUAGGGGUGUGUGGGGUAUGCGGAGCAAGCAGGCCCUGUUCUGUACAUGCAACAACUUGGUUGAAUUCCACCUUUUUUGAGUUUUUGCCCAUAAACUUGCCACAGUUUUUCUAUAGCAAAAGUACAGUUGCUUGGAAAUGCAUUGCUGCUACCUGCUGUGCCUCGGAAUAACUCAGCUUUUCCUCCACUGCCUGGUAUUGUUGUGACUGUUUUGGGUUUCUAUCCUGCAGGGUGGCCAUGUGUUAACUCCUCUCCCUGCUGCCAUACCAAUGAAGCCAGGCUCAGCUGUAAGUAUAGAUCUGACUGUUCUCGUCUGUUCGUGCAGCAGUACUUUUUGUCCCCUGCCCCCCUUGGGCUUUGGCGCAAUAGUUCCACUAAUAAUCCUCUCACAAACAUGCAGAUAAAUGCAAAUUAUUUUAUACACACUUGCAUGUUUUAAAGCAUUUUCUAAGGCAAAACCAAAGUGGGAUGAUAGGCUCUAAGUGAAUAGAGGUUUUCCUUCCUGGAAAUUGACUUAUUUGCUGACCAGAAGCUUUGGGUGUAAUCUUAAAAGUUAUGGAACCUUCUGUGGUGAAUUAUUUGGGGAUGGGAAUGGACCAAUGGAAGAACUUAGCCCAGAUGUGAAAACAAGUCCAAAGUUCCUUUUCUACCUUCCACAUGUCUGCUUUCUCUGGGGGGGGGGGGUUAAGUUUGCAUUUCCCACUUCUUCCAAAUCCUACUAUGAAUAUUUCUUGGCAGACGCUUCCUUUCUUUGGAGUGGUCCCUGCGGUGCUGGACGAGUCUGGGGAGGAGCUGGAAGGAGAAGCAGAAGGUUACCUGGUAAGAAAAAGUGAAGUUUUUAUUGCUGGUUAAAUUCAAUCCGUGUGUGGAGCUUCAUGGUCUCUAUAUAGUCAUUCCCAUUUUGCAUUAGUUCCAUGUGUGGGAUAUCUGUCCCUUAACUGCUUCAGACAGUGGAAGCAGAGUAUAGCAGUCAUGGCUCGUUACCUUUGAUAGCCUUAUCCUUCAUACUAUUAAAGCUAUCUAAAUUGGUGGCCAUCACCACUUCCUUUGGAAGCAAGUUUAAUACUUGUGUGUAUUACACACACACACACACACACACAAAAAAUUUUCAGCUUGACCUAAUGACGUAUUGGCAGCCAGUGGUAUUACUUUAAUAAAUGUGUUGCAUGUUAGAUGCUGGUUUCUCUAGUAUGCAGCCUAGGGCAGCCCCACAUAGAGAUUGUUCCAGUAAUCUCUUGAGGGUACCAGUGCACAGUCCACUGUGACCGCUAUCUGUAUCCAGGAAUUGUUGAAACUUGUGUACCAGCCUAAGCUGGAAAAAGGAACUCUCAGCCACUGGAGCUACUUGGGCCUCAGUUGACAAAGAUGGGUACAUGUGUAACCCCAGACUACAGACUUGUUCCUUUAGAGGAAAUGCAGCUCUGCUUGGAACUAGCAAUUGACCAAUUUCCUGGAUCUGGGCACCACUCAUCUUAGGCUCUCCACCUUGCCAGAAUUCAGCUUCAGUUCACUGGCCCUCAUCCAGACCACCACUGUGUCUGGACUUAGUAUUGCUAGUUCCCCAAAGUUAGCCUUUUAGCGAAUACAUGUGUAAGAUACAUAUUCACUAGCAGAUAGGGUAACCAGAGUGGGAAUAAUACCUGCUUAAUUCUCAGGCUGCUUUGGAAUGGGAUGGUGUUUGGGAAAGCAGUGCAGAGGCCAGGGGUUCAGCCCUUCCUUCUCACACUGCUGCUGCCGUCUCAAAAUUUGAGUCCUUGGUGGCUGCUCUUUCUAAAGCAAAAACACACACCCCAGAAAAAGUUGGAAGGGUCUACUGUUUAAGCACAGAGUGUGGCAACACCUCAGCAUUGUAAUAAGUUCUGAGCUCAGCUCUGAUCAGAUCAAAUUUCUCUCUGGGAGUGAAGAAGAUUUGAACUAUCAGAGUUGAACUGAUUUUACACAGGAGACUGCAAGUUGUCUUUCACCAAGAGCAAAGGAUCAUAAAAUAUAUCUGCAGAAUGGACCAUUGCCCAGAGCACAGUCAAAGUGCCAAGAAUGUGCAUGGGUUGCUUGGGUGCUGUCCAGCUUCUAUUUAUGAAAGACGAUACCAUUCUGUAUGUUCGUUUAAAAAUUACGUUGUAGGGGGCAUCUGGAAUCGCUGUAGUGAUGCCACUGUGGCAUGAGUUUCCUGGAAAAAAUUGAACACGAAAAUUUCCUGCUCUCCUAAACCACACUGCGAUCUGAUUUAGCAUGGUCUACUUGACUAGAAGGUUUUUUUGGGGGGGGGCGUGGCGUGGCGGAAGUAUGCCAUGUUUCAUUUUAUGUUGUGUGUAGAAUUCAAUAAGGUAAACACUGGCACUUUAAAGUAAACUAUGAUUUGAUGCACUUUAAUGUUUGCUCGUCCUCUCCUGAGUGUUGCAGGAGGAAACAAUCCCAGAGUCUGGCAUGUGGUGACAUGUGAAGAGACUUCCGGGGUGGCGCCAUCGGUAAUGGCAGACUCCCUCUGAACUGGAGGGACCAGCUCCGCAUGAAACGGGUCUUUUCCGCUACGGCGAAGCGGGGACCCUUCUGGAAAUCACAGGUGGAUGAAGCCUGUGACCGUGGGACUCGGCGGGCACCCUUAGCGCCCCCCCAACCCACAAAGGAACCCACUAACGGGCUCCGAAGCGAAGAGGGGGAAGUGGCGCGGUGCUGUGAGUCAAUUGCUUUUUCUGCGGAGCGAAGCUGCAUAGCCAUUGCCGGAGAGCGCUGCCUUUUUCCUGGGACAAUUUGGCAUCUAAAAUAACCACCCGUGAGUACUGGAACAUUGAACAUUUGGACUUUAAAUAAGAACUGGCGAAAUAGAAAGGAAUUUGGACUUAAAAAUUUACCUUAAUUUGGUACUGAAACGGUAAGGUCUAAACAGGAAGUCAGCCUUCCGUUUCCUUGUAGCCAGAAUAAAGCAAAGACAACAUAAACUAGAGCUUUAAAAAUCACUUUCAAAGGAUUGGUUUUCAUCAUUUAAAAUCGCUGAACCCCCCUUCGGCAGCAGGAGAAGAAGGGGGAUCUUUUUUGGGCUGUUUAAACCUGCAGAAGUGAGUUUAAAGCAAAGUAAUUUUCCACCGCCCUGAUCCUGGAGCGGGGUGUCAGAAUUGACGUUUGAAGCUCAUUGACCAGAAACAAAUGUCUUUGACAGAUAGUUAAAAGAAGAGAAACAUAGUGAUUCCAUUGUUUCCUUUCGCAUUUUAAAAAGAACAAAUAUGGACAAAAUACCUUAAAAAGAAACUUUGUUGCUAUUGUUUUUAAAAGAAAGAACAAUCAGAAGAUUUCCCCCUAGAGGGGGACUGUGAAAUUGUAACUAAUUCCUGGGAGCUUGCAGCUGCCACAGAUUACAACCGUGGGAAAGGAUUUGUGACCUUGCAGGACAAUGUCUUCAGAAGCACUGUUGGGUGCUCUCUGCAAAAUAAAUGCCCUAUUGGAUCAGUUAAGCCAGAAGACGGAUUUGAUGACUAAUGCGGCCAGAACUUUUGAACAGGUAGUGGGAAAGUAUAUGGAGCCCACCCAGGAACUAAAACAGGAGUGUGCCAUGACAGAACAGCUGAGAGAAGAGGAUGUUGCUGAAUCUUGGGCGCCAGAGAUGGAGGGAGUUGCGGCCCAGCAGGAACAUAAAUUUUUGGAUUUGACAAAUGAACUUGGAAAAAACCAGACUUGGAAAGAUAAAGUUUGGUUUGGUUUGGAAAUGGGGGGUUGGGCAGACCCCCCUAUACAGGGAGAUUUGGACUUUUCGAGUCUGGCAAUGGGCCGUCAGAUGUUUGGAGCUGUGGGGGCUCUCAAUUUUGGAGGGAAUCUGAAACAUGUUUUUAAACACCACAUGGAGUCUAGUCUGGACUAUGGAAAAGGGGCUGAUUUGUUGAAAAGGGUCAAAAACAUUACCAAGCUGGAGUUCCCACAAAUGAAAGGAAAAUAUGAAGAAGAGCUGCGGAAGGGACAUGGAAGAGACUUGAGGGCUUCGGAUAUAAGAUUACCAGGUUAAUGUGCUAGAUUAAUAAGAUAAAAAGGACUGACAAAACCCGGGACCAGGAGGAAGGGACACUGGAUGAAGAUUGGAUUGUUUCUUUCUUUUUUUUUUAUCACUAGGAUUGUUCUAUAAAAUUGAUGAAUGCUAGAAAAAUGUUGAAAUGAAAUUACUUGGCUCUUGUAAAAAUGUCUAAAGAAUUUGGUAAGAAUGUUAUGGCUAGGAGAAGUUGGUAAAAAUAAGAUUUAAGUUUUAAACUUUAAGGUUCUCUAUAAGAUAAGAUGAAAAUAGAUUAAGGUUAUGUAAUGACAGAAUACUAUGAAUUAUGGAAAGGAUUUGCUGUGAUUAUUAUUAAUCAGGAUACAAGAAAAGGGAGGAGGAGGAGGUCAAAGAAAGAAGGUAUUGAAAGUGGAGAAUUUGAGAAUGAUGCUUUUAUUUUUUUCUUUUUAUUUUUCUGUCUUGUCUUUUUUUGUGUGUAAUUUUUUAAAAAAAAAAAAUUUCCAAUAAAAAUCAUUAAAAAAAAAAAAAAGACAUGUGAAUUAGGCUUGUAGUUUGUUUCUUGGUGAGCUAACAGACCUUAGCUUCAGGUUGCUGUUUCCUUAGAGAGAAACAAACCACGAGCCCUAGUUUACAUGCAUUGACAAGCCAGAUUAUUGUCAUGUUUCUGGCUUGUUUCCAGCAUGGAACAGUUGGGAGGACCACAUUCCCAGGGUUAUGCCAUGUUAUAAUUGCGGUUAUCAGUGGCAUAUCUUAAGCCUAAACAAUACAUGUUGUAUCAGACCCAAGGUAUGUCUAACCCAGUUCUCACAGCAAGACGUGUGUAACUCAUCUUGAUCCUCAGUCACUAGUAUUCAGAGGCAAACUUGACUUAAUGAGUAUUUGAACUCUGGUCUCCCAGGACAAAGUCCAUCAUUUGAGCCAAUCUGCCAUAUUGACUUAACACCCAGUGCCUUGUGUGAGCAUAGCAUUAUACAGUAUUUAAUCCUUUGUGGGAGGAGAGGAACAAUUCUUUGGAAGUAAGCCACAGCUUCACAUAGGACAAAAUGCUCAAUGCAAUGUAAGGGCAUAGUAAAGAAACCCACAUUUAAUAUGUUCUCUUAUUUGUCCUCUCCUUUUAGGUUUUUAAGCAACCCUGGCCUGGAAUAAUGCGCACAGUGUACAAAAACCACCAGCGGUUUGAGACCACAUACUUCAAAAAGUUCCCUGGUUACUAUGUUACUGGAGAUGGUAAAGUUCUACAUGGAAUCCUGUAAUAUUGACAGUAUAGCUUGCUUCCUGUAUAAUGUGGAAGGGAUUAAGCAUGAUGCAUAAAAAAGAGGCUCAACGUACUUCCUUUGUGCAGCUUUUUUUCUUUCCAGCCCUUACAUCUGAAUUCUCUUUCUAACAUGGACUUAGAGCUAUAUGUAUGGACUAGGUUUGAUUCGUAUUUGGGUUUUGUGAGCUUUUAAUUUGUAGCCCUGGAAUGAAUGCUCAGAUCUUGGCAACAAAGGCAAGAGGUCCCUUUAUGAAAUCCACAGUCCACCCUGCUUGACUCCCUGGAAUUAGGAGCAAAUUGUGGGAGAAGGCGUGUGAGUCACAAAGGAUAUGGGGAACAAACCCCUUUGGCACCCUUUAUUUACAUCAAUUUGAUUUGCCUGGAAUUUGAUUUGGAUACUGAAGUCCUGAAAUAUGCAAUGCAUAGGGUGGGGGGAACUUAGGAAUUGGUUCAUUGGGCCUUUCCUUUUCCACUCAUUCAUCUUUGCUGGUCCCAUGUAUUUGCAGUUAGGCAGCAGGGCUUCUGGGCAAUGAGGUGUUACUGCUGCUUUUCACAUUACUCUUUUUUGCUGCCUUUUGUUUCUUAAUACUUAGUGUCAUUUGUUCACAUUGUGCUGUGUACACCCACACCCACCCCAGUUCUCCCUAGAUGGUUUUUUUCCUAGCUGGCUACUUUACAAUGGUCAGUUUGCUGGUUUGGUUUUUUCCCCCGCCAGGCUGCAAAAGAGAUAAAGAUGGUUAUUAUUGGAUCACGGGUCGAAUUGAUGACAUGCUGAAUGUUUCUGGUAAGAACAAAAUCUUUGUGGAAUGUUUCGGGUUUCCUGUAAAACUCUCCCGAUGAUAUGGUAGGCCUUUUUGACAUGAUAUGCCACCCUAGGCUCGUUUGGGAGGAAGAGCAGGAUGUAAAACAAAUCAAUCAAAAAAUUUGGGGGGGGGGCGUGAUAUGUUUCCUCCUCAAUACUGUUUAAAGCAUGUGGCUGACAGAGGCUCAGCCAAGGAUGAAUGAGAUGCUUGGGCCAAAAAAGGUUAGAUCAGGGAAUGCAAAAAAUCAAUAGUGACUGUGCUUGCAUAACCAAAUUCUGGCUUGAUAGGCCAGGAUACGUUUGAGCUUCAUGCACACACAUGCAGCCUCUUUACUCUCACUCUUGCUUUGUGUGAAUGGGGAAACAGAGCAGGAAGCUGCAGUUAGACGUUAGUGCCUGAUUUGUGCAAAUUGGGAACUAUGGUCACUUUCAUCAAAGCAACAAGGAAUCCUGGCUUGUUUGGAAGCCAUUAGCCACCCGUGUGGUUUAUACAUAAUAAAAAAUUAUGGUUAAAAUGGUUUUUCUCCUUGUGCAAAGCAUAGAGUGCAAUGGAAUCAUAGGGCUUGAUGCAGGUGCAUAAAGCUUACCUGAAAGCAGCCAAUGUCUGAGCCCAUCCUCUUAAGAGAUUCUUUCUACUUUAUAGUUUUGUCUGCCCCAUUUUUCUUAGGAAUUUUAAAGUUUGUACAGUGGCAGUGACUCCUGCAUAGCCAUGGGGUUUUCAGGAAGCACAUAACAUUAGCUGCAAUAUGACCUUUUGGUUUCCUUACAUAAUGGUCCAUAGAGUCUCCAUAACUAUCAAAUAUCUGGGCACUUGAAAGCUCUUAUCUUUUCAGAGAUUGAAAUAUCUAACAUUUACAUGUCUCUGGUUUUUGUUUUUAUAAUUUAUCAUGGUACACAGCACCAUAUCUGCUCAAGCAGAAUCAGUGCAGGCAUACUCUUUGGGGAACUUCAAGGAGUCUUCUCAGAGAGACUAGAGAAAAACACGUUUUCCUCUUUUAUCUUAUGAAGUCCCAACAAAAUACAAAACAAACUCACCAAACUAAGAAAUGGUUUGCUUUACUAUUAUUGGCUACUUUUAUUUAUUUUUUAGCUUUUACAACUUGUACUUGGGAUCAAACUGUGUUUUCUCCCAUAGUACCUUUCUAGAAUACUAUUUUGCAACAUUUACAUUUUGACCAAGAUUUUAGUGUAAAGGGUUCCUUUUUUAUUUUGGUGAUGAUAUUUCUUUGGCAAUACGCAAUCUAUGCCAUUGGAUGUUGGCCUCACCCAAUAGAAUUACCUUAAGCCCUAGCCUUCAGCAUGGGUCUUGGCUUGCUUAGUUAUUUAUUUUCAUAAAAUUUAUAUGAUGCUUGAUUGCUCAAAACAAAACUUCAGUUUACAAAAAGAAUAAAACAAUAAGUUAUCAGUAAAAAAAAGACAGUUGAAAGCAACUAUAUAAAAUAUUCAGAAUUUUUUUAAAAUAAAAAAAACCAAUAAGCUAAAAACUAGAUUAAAACCAAUGUCAACAUGGAUAGGCUUUCCUAAAUGAAGGUAUUUUCAGCAGGUGCCGAAAACCGUACGGUGAAGGGGCCUGCCUGAUGUCAAUAGGCUUUUGUGGAAAACCUCUUGAAAAGUGAGGAGGCCUGGGUAGCAAUGCCAAUUUAAGAAAAAGCCCCCAUUUCUUUCUGUUUUCAGGGCACUUGCUGAGUACAGCAGAAGUUGAAUCUGCUUUGGUGGAACACCUGGCAGUUUCGGAGGCAGCAGUAGUAAGCCACCCGCACCCAGUGAAGGGAGAGUGCCUCUACUGUUUUGUGACGCUGAAGGAUGGUCACGACUUCACAAAGAACUUAGUUGAUGAACUGAAGAAACAAGGUAACCUUGGUAGACCAUCACAUGUCGCUUGGUGAAAGGGCCAGAAAGCCCUUUUGGAUUUGUGAGGUGGGUGCGGGAGGGGCAGGGUAGCAUGCUGCGCAUGGAACAAAGGAAGCCAUCUUAGGCCAGGUUAGACUUUUUGUCCAUCUGGUCACAUCCCAAUGAAGCUGAAUGUUGGAAGAUUCGGGGGAAGACAAAAGGAAGUACUUCUUCACCCCACAUGUAGUUAAAUUAUGGAAUUUGCUCCCACAAGAGGCAGUGAUGGCUGCCAACUUGAAUGGCUUUAAUAGUGGAUUAGGAAAAAAAUCAUGAAGAAUAAGGCACAGUGGUUAUUCCCCCUGAUGGUUGUGUUCUCCUCCACCACCACUGUCAGAGGCAGUGUGUUUCUGAAUAGCAGUUGUUGGAAACCACAAGAGGGAAGAGUGCUGUAGUGUUCAGGUCCUGCUUGGGUGCUUCCCAUGGGCAUCUGGUUGGCCACUGUGAGAUCGGCAUGCAGGGCUAGAUGGCUUUUUCUUUGUCCUUGGUAUUAUCUAGUCCAACUGGCAGUCUCUCUGGAAUAUCCAGCAAAGGACAUUCCCUUCACUUCUUACCCAGUUCUUUUAAAACUGGAGAUACUAGGUAUUGUAUUCUGGACCUUAGGCAUGGUAAACAUGUGCUCAGUUGCUGAACCAGGAUCACACCAGUGGAGCAGAUGUCACACCAGCCUGUUCAGCAAAAGGAAAGCUACCUGCUGGCUCAGAUUUUCUCUUUUGGAGAUCAUUCUUCAGCCCUUCUAAUCUUCCUGAGAUGAAGCCCCACCCCGACAACUUGCAUCAUCCCACAGCCUGGCUGGCAGGACAGUUUUCAAAUAAAAGGUUCAUUGCUUAGUUAUCCCAGAAGCUAAAUUUAUCUCUGCUGGCCUUAUUGCCUCCCACAUGUUGCUCUCCUUGCCAGCUGGCACCUGACUUGAAUACAUAAGGGCAGACCGCAUGGCCCGUGAACAGGGUGUGGGUUUUGCAGUGGCGAGGCAUGCACAACAACCCUUCCUUUCCCUUUGACAGCAGAGUUGCUGUAGAGGAAGGGUGGGUUUGCACAACAGGUUACUUUCCAAAUUGGACUCUGGGGUAGCGGUAUUUAUCUGACCAAGGUCUUACGGGAACAGAAAUGAUUCAACAUGUUUUUAAUGAGCGGAGCAAGACUUCCCCAGAGUGGCUGCUUUUUAAAACAGGCCUGUUGGUGUUAGUUACUCCCGGUCAGCCCCUUUGUCAUUCAAACACUGUGUUCUGCAGAAUCCUUUCAGAAGCUUUUCACACACUCAUCAAGGAGAAGAGUUUCCCUGAAAGAAUAUAAUGAGAGACAAACUAAUCUCACUUUCCACUGUGCAGCUGUGAAGGGACAUCUGGGGUGUGCCAAGGAUGACAUCUGCAGAUGGAACAGGCACAUGAGGCUGAGCUAGUGCCUUCUGUGUACUGACUGUGGAUCUAGACCAUGCCCCAUUGGAGUUCCAGAAGCAAAUGCAGAGAAGUCAGCGUGGGAGGGGUCCCUGUGGUUUGAGAAACACUGCUUCCUGUCAGAAAUAAGAGCCAGUAGACUAAAAAUGUUGCAUACCUUUUAGAAGAACGAAUAAGUUCUAAUUGGAAAUGGGAAUGAUGAAAGAAGAACCUUGAUUACAAAACUGAAGUGGAAACAAUCAAGGAAGAAUUUAUAUUACAAUUUAUAAAUCUUAUUCCUGAAAAGGGUUUUGUUUUCUGUCCCUACUAUGUGUGUUAAAGUUGCAUUUCAGUGUAACAGGGAGCAGGGGGGUGCUGUGGUCUAAACCACUGAGCCUCUUGGGCUUGCUAAUCGGAAGGUCUGGCAGUUCGAAUCCAUGCGAUGGGGUGAACUCCUGUUGCUCUGUCCCAGCUCCUGCCAACCUAGCAGUUCAAAAGCAUACCAGUGGGAGUAGAUAAAUAGGUACCGCUGCGGUGGGAAGGUAAACGGUGUUUUAAUGCGCUCUGGCACUCAUCACAGUGGCCCGUCACGCCAGAAGCGGUUUAGUCAUGCUGGCCACACAACCCAGAAAACUGUCUGUGGACAAACACCAGCUCCCUCAGCCUGAAGUGAGAUGAGCACCACACCCCAUAGUUGCCUUUGACUGGACUUAACUGUCCAGGGUCUCCUUUACCUUAUUUAUUGCAGUGUGUUCCAAUUGAGAAUGCCAGUCAUGCCCCUUUCCCCUGGAUAUUCCAUUUCUCUCCUUUCCGGGUGGGAUGUUGGUGUCUUGUUUAGCUAUUCUCCCUGUUUGCAUGGGUUUUAUUUCAAGUCACGUGCUUCACGAACAGUCCAGAGGCUAUCAUAGGUAAAAUCCUUAAUCUUUCAUUUGCAGUUAGAGAAAAGAUUGGACCCAUUGCAACACCAGAUUAUAUUCAGAAUGCACCUGGCCUGCCCAAAACCCGCUCAGGUAAGAUAUGGAUUUUACUGUAUAUGUGCAGGAAGCACAGAUCAUGGUGCUGUAAAUACCUCUUGCCUUACAUUACAGGUUCUUGCUACUAAUUGAAUUUACAUUCUCUGCUUUCUUUUUGGAAACACAGUGUUGGAACUGGGAAAACUAGUAAAGCUGCAAGUAGCUAUUUUUUUUUUGGAAAAGUUUUUAUUGUUAAAAUAAUUGCUGUGAGUAGCUAUUUAGUAGCCCCUGUUCUCUUGGAGCCUUGUGUAAAACAUGGAAAUCCUCUUGCCUCUACUGUAGGGAUGGCAUGACAGUAUGUUUUGAUUGGCAGAAAGGAUUUCUAGUAUGUCACAAGGCAGUAGUGGCUUGUGGAGAAACCCAGCCAGAUGGGUGGGGUAUAAAUAAUAAAAUUAUUAUUAUUAUUGGUGGUGGUGGUGGUUGUUGUAAUGCCCAUAUAGGUCAGUGGGAAUUGUGUGGACAGCAACUCCCAAGGCAAGGUAGAAGUUGUUUACCAUCAUGGGCUUAAUAGACCGCAAGCUUAACACAAGUCAAGUGUGAUACAGCAGCAAAAAAAGCUAAUGCUAAUCUAGGCUGUACAGAAGUCUAGUGCCCUCAUCAAGGGAAGUAAUAGUACCGCUCAGUUUUGGUUGUAUGGCCAUGUCUUGGAUCCUUUAGUUGAGAUUCCUGUAUUGUAGGGAAUUGGACUAGAUGACUCUUAGGGUUCCUUCCAACUCUACAGUUCAAUUACUUUAUUGUCUUUGGGCAAGUUGCUUAGAAUUUUACUCCCAAGUUAUUAAUUUUAUUCAAUUCAUUGUAUUUUAUGUUUGUAGACUAAUCUGGGGUCAAGAAUCCCAGUGUAUAUCCUAUUUUUAACAGCAUGUCCUAAAAUCCUGCGUCACUGCCUAAAUACCAUUCAUUAAUCAUCUUUUUCUUGGAAUGCAAGUACAGUUUGAUGUUACACUGCCAUUUCUUUGCAGGUAAAAUUAUGCGGCGGGUAUUAAGAAAAAUUGCCAAAAAUGACCAGGAGCUGGGAGAUACCUCUACUGUGGCAGAUCCAGCAGUUAUAAACCACCUUUUCAGCAACCGGUGUGAGACAAUACUGUAGCAAGGCAGUUCUAGAAGAAAACAGCAGUAGUGCAGGGAUUUGGUGAGAAUAUGGCCCCAUUGAGACAAUGACUGAGUUUCUCUUGAGAUGAAGAAGCUGCCCAAUGCUGAGCUGAAUGUAAAAUGCUGUAAAUGAAGAGAAGAAACUGGUGCUCCAAGAUCCAGUCCUUUUGUGUUGUAGAUCUAGUUGUCUGUGCCUCUGGAGAACUGUGUGCAUUAUGUUGUAGACCGAUAACUACAUAUCUGAAAUUCCAGCCUCAUUCACGUCGUACAGAAUGACAGAAUUAACAUUUUAAUUUUCAUGGAUUAGUUUCAUGAAUUGUUUGUUUUUAUUUUUUUACCUCUUAACGUGCUGCAAAUGGGCAGAGCUUAGAAUGUGUAGGCAUUGGUGUGAAAAGAUGGCUUUGCUCCCGAGUGGUAGUUAAACCGACAAACUGAACAGUAAUCCUCAUGUUGAGGAAGAAUUAUUGGAACAAUUUUUUUUAGAAAUCAAGCAUUCAUUAGGUUUCUUUCUUUCUUUAUAAAAUCCUGGAUCCUCUGGCUGCAUGCCAUGGGAAAAUCAAAGUUUAUAGAAAAACUGCAACUCUGAAGCUGUAUAAAACUACUUUUCAUGCUAUUAAUGACAAUGACUUUCCCCCUCAAAAGGGAAUAAGGCUAUCUAUAUGUUUUGGAUUUUAAUAGUACAUUUGUGUAUGUGUGGGUGCAGAGCUGAAUUUUCCCAGUGCAUCAAUUUUUUGGUGUGGGUGGAAGCAAAUUCAGGGAAUUAUAGUCAUGAAAAGUUGCAUUCAGUGCCUAGAUGUAUCCUAGAGGGAGGUUCAUAAAUUUUCCGUGGCUGUUGGUUGGUGCAAUUCCUGUACCAAUUGAAUAUGGGUAGGGAUUCACUUGGAUGGAUGAGAAGCAGGUGCUGUAGUGAUACCCAAAGUUUCAGUGACAUGGGGCAAUUCAGUUACUUGGUUUUCCAUGUGACCAGCUAUGACACACAAUCACAUGAAGAAAAUGGAUAUAGCCAGUGAUUCUCACCUAUGUUUGCUAUGGCUGGGGAAAGCGUAGCUGCAUUUGUGGAAAUUGUUUCCAGGUAAAUUUUUAUUUAGUCCAGUUUAUGCUUCCAUUUCUUGAUAUAAUAAUGGACAUAUAUGUGACCAAAUACGAGUUGCUGCUUUUGUGGAGAGACAAAUAAUCAUAACAACACUGUGACCAUUCUGCAGACAACUAUGCAGAGGUGUCUUUUCUCAUGGUUGGGUGAAUAUAUCCAUCGUUCACAAUACAGCAAAGUCACAGUUAAGGAUUUGCUUAUUCUAGGUUUUUCACCGUUCAGGUAGCAAAGAAAAAAAUAUCAAAUCAAGUUUAGGUAGAGAUCAGAUGUGGACACAUAACUGGGAUCCCCCCCCCCAAUAAUUUGAUCCCACAACUCCAACUCCCUAAUAAAUGUAGAUGGAAAAAAACAGGCUUCUUGUCUCAAUAAAUUUUGUCAGGGUAUGUAAUUCUAGCACAUCCUUCAGUGCUGCUGAACUGGAAAAUGCCAUCCUCCAAUUUUUUUAAUUGAAAUCAAAGCUUUAACUGUGGUAGCCACAAUGGUGUAUCCCAAGAUGUCUUCUUUGCCCAUGUAAUUAAAGCAUGUCCCGAAAACCAUGUGCUUGAUGAAUAAUUUAACAUUUUUCUGACCUUGACUCAUGGUUAUACCUGUCUCAUUUCUUACCCGCUGUUAGUAUUCUAAAUGCACUUGUCUGUGGUCUGCAACAUUGGUGUAUAUUUAAUCUAAUGUCCUGCAGCAUUAAAGGUAAGCCAGUGGCUUGCUAUGUGCUGGUAACAUGAAAUAAGUCCUUUUAAUCUUGGUCUGACAUAAUUUUGGUUGGGAAAUGGCUAGAAUUGUUUUUAACUGAAAUAAAUCAAAGAAAUAAAAUCUAUAAAGCCGUCACAGUUGGUUGUGGAUUUUUUUGGUUUAUAUUCAUAGUGCCUGGUUUUCAUUUUGAAACCUAGACCAGACUUUGGCUUCAUUUUGAUAUAACCCUAAAGCCGUGGUUCAGCACAAGAUGAACAAUCCCAGCAUGCUUCUGGGCUGUUUCCCUCGCAAAGAAAGAGCCUGGAAACUUGUGCUUUCCUUACAUGCAGUUUGCCGAAGCUAAGGCAACAUUAUUUUAAAAACACAGGCUUCUGUCAAUUGAUAAUCAAACUCAGAGCUGACUCACUGAAAUUCAUGGACAAGAAACUCCAUUAAUUUUAUCACUGAUUGUUUUCCAUUAGAUAGCAAAGUGCUUUUAUUUAGAAAACUCAUUUAGACAAUUGCUGAGAAAAUAUGUCUAAAUUGUUACCUUUUUUUUCCUGUUGGUCCUUAAUACUGUGCUCUCAAUUAAGACAUGUUAAUUUUAUAAGCCUCUCCUCUAAAGACAUAUUUUCUAGGCAUAAGAAAUUUGUAGUUUAAAAAAAUAGGUUCAAAGGCCUUGAUCCAGAAAGAUCCCUGUAUAAACUCAGAUGCUGUUGUUUAGAAAGAAAACCAAAGCCAUCCCAGCUCUAUAAACCCCAUCUCUUAAAAACAAUAUUGAUAUGCUGUUUCAAAGUAACUUAUCUGACUUCAUUAAAUUUCCCCUAUCUUAAAAUGGCACAUAGCUUGGUUUUGUAGGUGAGUAUAUUCCAAUUGUUAAUGCUCAGGGUUUUGUUUUGGUGAGCAGACAUCUUCCAUAGUUUCAAAAUGUUUGAAAACUUUAACAUGAUUAACUUCUGCUUCUUUCAAAAAAUCAGCAGAUAGCAUGUUGAACACAAGUGUAUUCUUCAAAAAUAAAUAUGUUCAGAUUCUGAGCAUACUAUAUUAUGUGACUACUGGAUAUUACUCACCAAAGUAGCAUAGGAUAGACCAGAUUGAUCAACCAGUUAUUUCAGCUGAAAUAAAAUCUGAGAUCCUUACAACUUAUAUCACAGGACAUUCUUAUUACCAUUGUUUGUCUCUGAAAUCUGUUUCCCAAGAACUCACCUUCCUUUUCUUAACCCUCUUCCUUUAGAAUACGCAUUCUGCUUUUUCAAAAUGUUACAGGAGGGGUCCAGGAGCAUUGAAAUAAAAUCAACUCUUGUCUGGGGGUUUUCUUUUCCUUUCCUACUGUGUCCCUUUUUUCCUGUGCCAUAUCAUAAUGUUUGUUCAUUGUUCUGUGACCUUGCAUGCUGUUUUUCCUUUGUGAUAUAUUCCUCUCAAACAAGAACGUAACAGAAAGCAGGAAGUGUUGCACAGCAUCUUAUGCUCGGAAGAGUAACCCUCUCCACAGCUGGAUGGAAAUACCUUGAAAAUGCAGAAGAGAUCAAGGUAAUACACUAUUUUGCUACCAGGCCCUUGAAGGUGCAUAUGUAGCAGCUUGCAUAGUGCUGCCUCAGGAAAUGCCUGAUUAGAACAUCAACAGAUUGUCCAUGGUCACAGAAGCAUGCUAAGGGUGCUUCAAACAGGAAAUUGUCAAAGAAAGUCAACUGGAAUCCAGUAUUUUCUUGAGACCAGGAAAAAGCAGUGCAGCUCUGCCUGCUUUGUAUCUUGGGGUCACUGGUGAGAGGAGGGCUUCCGGUAUCAAUCUGAUUGUCAAGUCCGCCCGUUGGCAAUCAUGCCCUAAAAGAGAAUGUCUCUUAUUUUAAGCACAGUGAGGAUGAUGUCAGUGAUGAGGUAUUCUGUUUUCAUAUCACAUAGGGAGUAUCCAGAACAGCCACUCCAGCUGCUACUCCGCCAUCUGCAUGUUCGACAGCCUUUGUUCGCAAGAGAUGGCCAACAUGCUUGUUCACCACAAGAUCCUGACCCAGUCUGCAAGAGAAAAAUCAAAAGGAC